GACUUGGGAGUGAGACCCCCAUCAAACUUGGGAAGGCAAGACUUUUACAGAAGAGGGCUCUUAGGUAAGAUGCCAUUUUUUUCACGGAUAAUAUCAAUAUUUGUGUAUUGUUUCGGUUCUGUAUACGGUAUCAUUGCGCGUCUAAUAGUCUCUCUUCAGCCUGUGUAUGCCGCUUUGCUGCCGUGGGUGUCUGUGUGUACGUUACACAUCAUUCCCAUUGGGACAGUUUCCAAGCGAAGUGAGAAAGUGAAGGAUAAGGUCACUCUAGUGUGAACGCCACUGCAGCAUUGGUGUGAUUGCAUUGAGUCAACGUUUUGGCCUGGUGUCAAAUAUUCCACCCCGCUGCCACCCAUGACUCCACAGCUCUGCAUACGUUUACGGUAUCUGUUUAUGAGAGUUAUUGGUUGUCCAUUAUGUUUGUGUCAUCCUUUACUCAAAUGAUUAAAUACUUCAGAAAAAUGGGUGUGUCAUGUGUUCUUUGCCAUGUAAUGUGCUAGUUCAUCUGCCAAAACCCAAAAGGAUGUGUUCCUCUUCUCAACGGCCCCUUCCUUCAGAUAGUCUUGUUGUAUAUUUCAUACCACAACUGGUUUGCGGUGAAGAAGUCCAACCCACACUAUUACAAACGGCCCUCCUAGAUAUUUUCAAGGGUGUUAUUUUCCUAUCGUAAUGCUUUGCAACAAUAGACGUAACAGGUCUUAGUGUGUUAGUGUCGUAGAUUUGAGUCAGUGUGAAUAGAUCAACAGGAUCUACGUCUACGACCUUGAUGUAAUAAGCCUAUUACUGAAAAUAAAUGCACAUAGUUUUGAUAAUUAAUUACCUAUUUUAGUUGCGAAUAGGAACAACUUGGGUCAAGAUUCACUGGUCGGCUAUUUAGAUUAUUGAACGUGUUUCAAAACAAUCUUUCUUCCAAAUAUAUUUUUUAAACAUUUGGAUGUCCUCAUGACCUCUGAGAAUCCAGUUCCCCUUUUUCUAACCCAGCCAAUGAUUCCUCUUUCAGUGCAUUUGUUUUCAGUGCAUUUGUGUGAGUGUGCGUCCCAAAUGACACCCUAUUCCCUAAAUAGUGCACCACUAAUAUCAAUACUUUUGGGUGGUGCACUAUAGGGAAUAGGGUGCCAUUUGAGAUACAACCAGAAUAUAAUGACAUUGUUCAUUUCUGCUUACUGAAAUUAACCCAUGGACAUUGUUCUGACCAAUGAUUUAUAUACUGUAUACACUAGAUGACUGACAGGGGGGCGCUGAUUUGAAACCGCUGCGCCACUAUUUUACUACUCCCCCACCAUUCGUACAAAAUAUUUUGGAAGCAGUAGAAAUGCAUUUAUUAAUGUUACAUUUUGUUUUUGCCACAUUUAUUCUGUUACAGACGCCUUAAAGUAUACUUAUAUUAUGUGAGCUAAACAUUCAAAUAAAAACAUUUAAAUAUAGAAAAACUAUUUUUUAUGAGAGCACUAAUGUUACUGUUCCCACUACCACAACAAAAUACUUAAAUACAUGUAAUUUUGUCCUUAACAUAAACUCAGCAAAAAAAAAGAAACGUCCCUUUUUCAGGACCCUGUCUUUCAAAGAUAAUUUGUAAAAAUCAAAAUAACUUCACAGAUCUUCAUUGUAAAGGGUUUAAACCCUGUUUCCCAUGCUUUUUCAAUGAACCAUUAACAAUUAAUGAACAUGUACCUGUGGAACAGUCGUUAAGACACUAACAGCUUACAGACGGUAGGCAAUUAAGGUCACAGUUAUGAAAACAUAGGACAUUAAAGAGGCCUUUCUACUGACUCUGAAAAACAACAAAAGAAAGAUGCCCAGGGUCCCUGCUCAUCUGCGUGAACGUGCCUUAGGCAUGCUGCAAGGAGGCAUGAGGACUGCAGAUGUGGCCAGGGCAAUAAAUUGCAAUGUCCGUAUUGUGAGACGCCUAAGACAGCGCUACAGGGAGACAGGACGGACAGCUGAUCGUACUCACAGUGACAGACCACGUGUAACAACACCUGCACAGGAUCGGUACAUCUGAACGUCACACCUGCGGGACAGGUACAGGAUGGCAACAACAACUGCCCAAGUUACACCAGGAACGCACAAUCCCUCCAUCAGUGCUCAGACUGUCCGCAAUAGGCUGAGAGAGGCUGGACUCAGGGCUUGUAGGCCUGUUGUAAGGCAGGUCCUCACCAGACAUCACCGGCAACAACGUCACCUAUGGGCACGAACCCACCGUCGCUGGACCAGACAGGACUGGCAAAAAGUGCUCUUCACUGACGAGUCGCGGUUUUGUCUCACCAGGGGUGAUGGUUGGAUUCGCGUUUAUCGUCGAAGGAAUGAGCGUUACACCCGAGGCUUGUACUCUGGAGCGGGAUCGAUUUGGAGGUGGAGUGUCCGUCAUGGUCUGGGGUGGUUUGUCACAACAUCAUCAGACUGAGCUGGUUGUCAUUGCAGGCAAUCUCAACGCUGUGCGUAACAGGGAAGACAUCCUCCUCCCUCAUGUGGUACCCUUCCUGCAGGCUCAUCCUGGCAUGACCCUCCAGCAUGACAAUGCCACCAGCCAUACUGCUCGUUCUGUGCGUGAUUUCCUGCAAGACAGGAAUGUCAGUGUUCUGCCAUGGCCAGCGAAGAGCCCGGAUCUCAUUCCCAUUGAGCACGUCUGGGACCUGUUGGAUCGGAGGGUGAAGACUAGGGUCAUUCCCCCCAGAAAUGUCCGGGAACUUGCAAGUGCCUUGGUGGAAUAAUUGGGUAACAGCUCACAUCAAGAACUGGCAAAUCUGGUGCAGUGGUCCAUUAGAGGAAUGCACUGCAUUACUUAAUGCACUGGUGAGCCACACCCAGAGACCUGACGUUACUUGUGAUUUUGACCCCCCUCCCUUGUUAGUCACAGUCUGUGGAACUGUCAGUUUGUCUCAGUGUGAAUCUGUUAGUUCAUACACAUAUUCACUGUUAGUGCUGAAGUAACGCGUGACAGUGUUUCUUUUUUGCUGAGUUAAUGAAAUACUGUAGAAUUAUCAUUCUAUGGAUCAAUCAAUCAAAUUUAUUCACAUGAUCACAGUUUACAGUUGAAUGCUCUUACAGCCUUACCAACAUGAUUAUUUUAACAAAAAGUAUAAACAACAACAAAAAGUGUUGAGAAAAAGAGAAAGUAAAAAUAAAGUUGCGUAGGACUUAUAUACAUGAAUUAAGUGACAGUGCUGAUAUAUACAGGGGCCCGUUUGUCAUUCGGGGACAGUUGAGGCAGUGAGCAUAUUACAUGGGUAGAGUUUAAGUGACUAUGAUAAAUUACAGAGACAGAGCGUAAAAGGAUGGUGGGGGGCAGUGCAAUGUCCGGGUAGCCAUGAUUACUGUUCAGGAGUAUGAAUUUGACCUGACUGGCCUCCGUACCGCUUGCGUGCGGUAGCAGAGAGAACAGUCUGACUAGGAGGACUGCUUUCUUCUGAGGAGAGCCAAUAUGGCUGACCGGUGGCUUCAAAGCCUCUCAUUGGCCAAUACAUAGCAUUCAGCAUACUAUUGUUUAGAUACAUAAUUGGUUCUGACUGACUGAGCUGUUCUGUUUUUAUUUAUGCCCCCCCUGCAGCUUCCAGAAAGUGUUCUCGUUCGAAGAGAAGGACGACCCGGCCAAGAACACCAAGGAUAUAGAUAUCAAUCUCUUGGCAAGCCUCCCUAAAGGUGACUCAGGGCUUUCUGUUUCAGCAUGCUGUGCCGCAUGAAACACAUGACUCCAUCUGACAAAGGCUCCAUCUCAAAUGGCACCCUUUUCUCUACAUAGUGCACUACUUUUGACCAGAGCCCUUUUGGGCACUUCAAAACGUUCGUAAUCUAAUGCCUGCCUCAGACCACUCGUAGAACAGCUAAGUGUGUUGUUAGAUGCUUUUUUUGCCCUCCCACAUGACUUUAUACACAAGUUCUCCGCUAAACAUAGAAUCACAUGUUUUAUCCAUCUCUCUGUGACAUCCGAUAACUUCAGAACAAAGUUGACUACAAAUACAACGUUCUCAUUGCAAGUGUUACAUAGAAGCAAUGUAUAAAAAUAUGUUUCAAAUGAAAACCGAGAUGAUUGCAUUAAAUUAUAGACAGUAGGCUAUAGGCCUAUUUCAAUCAUAUUGAAAUACAUUUCAUAUUCAAUCAAUUGUUCUAUUUUGCUACUUGUAGGCUACUUUCUGUAAUUUGUCUCAAUAUAUUUAUUGAUGAGUAGCCUAACAUGUGUGCAAUGAUGUGCCAAAUCUGGGAUUUUAGUGAAUUUUUAUUGGGUAAGCAUAGAAUAAGCUGCCUCAAUAUUUGCAGCUGUAGGUAGUAAUAUCUCUAGGAGCUGAUGUUGUCAGUAUUGUGAAAUAAUUGUAAUGCUAAGGAAAGAUUUGAAUGAAGAAAGCUGAUCCAAGAGCAGCGCUCCCUUUCUUUCGAUCCUAUCAGUAUCGACACAUGCUCCAACGAUGCACUUAGCGACCGUUCUCUCUGCGGCUGUUGUAGGAAAAUGCAUCGUUAAAACACUUGUACAACUAAGUUCCAUCGCUGUCGGGAAACCGGGCCCUGGGCGAUCCAUAUCACAAUAAAUUGACUGAAUUAUCACGAUAACGAUAAAUAGAACGUUAAGUUUAUACCAUGAAUGUGCACCACAGUUAUUUAUUUAUAUUACCCUUAAACUUCUACUACUACAUUGAAUGUUGUAGCUAUCAAUUGUUCCAUUAACAAUCACCCAUAUUAGAAAACGUAUUUAAAUUCAAACUUCACAUUUCUCUAGUAGGACUCUAUAGGUUAUUUAUCAUAAUAAACGAUAUCAGCAAAUGUCCACGAUAAGUGGUCUGUUUGGUCGGUGUCGAUAAUUUUAGGUGACAUUUUCAGUUUAAUGUCAUGUCUGCUAGACCCUCAGUGUGUGCUCACACAGUCAGAGAGGCCAGGGCACAUGGCACUUGGAGUGUGUGUUUGGUUUGCUUGUUUUGUUUCUGUUGUGUAUUAAAAAGUUGCUCUAUUACAUGUGUUGUCCAGCAGUAACACGCAUAACAAGCUCUAGACUGGGCUGUUCUGUUUAUCCUGACUACAGUGCAACUCCUUUCCUACUAGCUCAUGGGAUAGGACUCUGUCUGUCUGUCCUCCUAGAGGGGCAGUCUGGUUCAAUCCAACCCAAUAGGCCAUUACCUGACUGCCCUGCUCUGGCUGCGUUUACACAGGCUGAUCAAUUCUGAUAUUUUGGCCUGUAAUUGGUCUUUUGACCAAUCAGAUUAGAUCUUUCACUAAUAAUUGCCCAAAAGAUCAGAAUUGGGCUUCCUGUGUAAACACAGCCUAUGGGUUUGGGUGAAUUCUGUGUGAUCUUUUGGUCUCUAUGUAGGCACUAGGUGGGCUCAUUAUUUUAAGAUCAAUCACAUGAAAGAUUCAAUGUAACCACUUAUUUCGCUAAGUCAAUUAGUCAGUGGCAGAUUGGACUCUUUCUAUUAUCUUUUAUUGUCGAGGUGGGAUGCAGAUUUGGUCAGUUCCUUGUGAAUGUGUGUCUCAGCAAUUUGUCACUGUGUUGUAGAGAACAGAGUAGGCUACUGAAGGAAUCGUCACCUCCUUAUAGUUCAAUAACAAGACCCACAAGCAAACCGAGAUCUAUUCUUGUUCUAGAUGUGACAGUAGCCUGUCCCAGAUCGGUUUGAAUUACAGUAAACUCUGUUGGCUAAUGUGAGCUUAAACUGUCCAACCUCAUCUGCUGUGACGUCUCUCGCUCUCUUAUAAUGACUACUGAAUUGAAUAAACUUGGACUACUUUCCAGUUGUAUCCUGUUUAACGUACCUGUGUGUUUUUCAUCUGUCCAGUUUCAGAAUUGAGGAAGCGUUUUGAAGGCAUCAGCCCUACCACUAGCUGUGACUGGGAAAUGAACAGGUACAACCGAGACAUUCAGCUCCAUCAACCAUGUAAUGAAUUGUGAUAAAUGAGAACUUGUGUGUGUCACUGUGUGUGUAUCUGACUCUGUGUCUCACUGUGCAGGAAGGAGAGGAUUGCCCGGCGGUUGGAAGGCAUAGAGAGCGAAGUGCAACCCGCCAUAUUACCCAGCAGCCCAGGCCUGGUGACCAAUCGGCUGCUAGAGGAAGACACGCCCCGUUACACACGUGCCUCAGACACCUGUGACCCCUGUGUUGGUGAGGACACACUAUAGAGUACCCUGUGUCAGUGAGGACAAGGACACCUAGGCACAACAGAAUACACAAUCUACCAGUCACUAAACAGAACAAAUUGUACCUGGAGUUCCUACAUGGCUGCAUCAGCUACUUACGCAGCCCACAGAAUGACAGAACUAGAGCAUAGUUAGAGCUCCAUAUAGCAUAUCAAUAAAGAAACCUGACCCAUGCUUUUGAAUAUGAAUUUGGUCAAUAAUUGCUUACAGUAUUAAAUCAGUUGCAAGAUAUGCAUUGACAUCAUGCAUUAUAUAUUACUUGCGUAGUGUUUUAGUCCUACAUACUGUAAUAGUCUAAAGCAGUAAGGGUCUCUCACUCUAUCCCCAGUCACAGUACAAUGUUACAGUAAGGAGGACAUGGAGAGUCCAGAGAUGAUGACCCAUCAGCAGGUCACUGCUCCAGAGAGGCAGUCCAGAGCCCGGUGCCGACCCGAGGAACACACCCAGACCGUCCUCACCGAACCCACAGACCCUGCUGGUACCGACCUGGACUCCAAGGUGGAGCGGAUUGCCCGCUACAAGGCGGAAAGGCGUCGCCAGCUGGCCGAGCGCUAUGGCAUCUCGCUGGACCAAGAGCCAGACACCAUUGCCACCGACCACUUAUUUUCCCGAUACGGCACCUCCAGUGGACACAGUGAGUUGGCGUCUUCCUCUGAGAGGCAACAGGGCUACACACACCCCGAAAUACGCUGCAGGGCAGAGUCUGUGGGGGAUGAACCCUCCUACACAUCCAGCAGCAACAGGGUGGGGAGAGUGGCCCCCCAGCCAAGGGUUUACGGCGAGCCUGGCCAGGGGCGACCCAGGGUGGACUCAUUCACGGAGAGGGAGAGGGUGGGGAACCUGGAGAACCAGCGCAGGGCGGCUCAGCAGGAGAGGAACGUCAAAGCCCCCGAGCCACAGCAGCCAUCUUCCUCCACCUACAUGGAUGUGACGUCAUCGACCUCGGCCAAAGUGCCCGUUGCUAAGGACUACACCAUCAUGGGGUUGCCCCCCAGCUCGCCCAAGACGGGCCGGAAGUCCUUGCUGCCCUCCCCCAAACAGGAGGUGUCCCCUGGGGACCUGUUCAUAGAGCAACAGUCCCACAACAUCCUCAGCAGAAAGGGGUUAGUGGCCCUACCUUCUACACCUCUCUCUUUCUUUCUCUCUAUGUACAGUAUCUCUGUCCCCUUACUGUAAACAAAACAGAUGGAGAGAAAGAGAUGGUCUCUGUAUCUCCCUCUCUCACACACACACACACACACACACACACACACACACACAAACUGCGUCUCCUUGAUGCCUUUAACAGAACUAGAGGGUCUGUGCUCAUCUCCAGCCCAGAGCCUGUCCUCCUCUCUGACCCCGGCCCUAUGUUAGCGUGUGACUGUGUGUUUGUGCGUUAGCGUGUGCGUGAGGAGACGCUCCCGUGUGUGUCCUCCUAUGGAAGGAUGGGUGGGCUGCGUUUGGGACUGGAAGAUGACACACCAUCCAUUAGGCUUGCAGUCCACUCAUCGCUCGCCCCCUCACAAAGUCGUCCUCUUGGCAGGAACAUUGAAUGUGUCCCAAAUGGCACCCUAUUCCCUAUAUAGUGCGCUAUUUUUGACACCACUGGUCCAAAGUAGUGCACUAUAUAGGGAAUAGGGUACCCUUUGGGAUGCACACAUUAUUUCAUACAGUAAAGAAACAGCAAUCUGAUCCCAGAGCAGUUGUCUGGAGUGGAAUUAAAGUGCAGCGCAGGCAGGCUCAGUUGGUCCAAAAGGGUUCAAACAGACGCAGCUGGGCCUGGGAGGACUGAAAUCUGAACUGAACUCAGAUCAGGCAUUGAUGGUGCUGCUGCAUGUCUUUCAUGUUCAGGUGGUUUAACAGCAACCUGUACGAUUAAGCUGAUAAGUUAGACUAGAUAAAAGGAGCUGCUUUGGUGCUUAGUUGAAGUCAAAAUUAUAUUAAGAAUCUACUAUAAUUGCAAAGUUGUUAUCCCACUAUGACUGAGCCAAAGUCACCCAAAUCCCUUUAUUUCCUUUAUUUCAGGAGGUGAAACUGUAAUGGUGUCAUGUUCUAAGAAAUGGCACUCUCAAUGUUAAUGUCCCCACCAAAUAGUUAAGGGAUAUUUCAUUUGGGAUUCACAGUCCUGGCCAAUGCAGUUCUGUGUCUGGAGACAUUGCAUUUUCCAAUGUUCUCUCCAGUGCUCUUCAUACUCCUCCCCUCAGUCCCUCAGUCUUAUUUAAACAGCCAGCUCUUGGCCUAGCUGUACCCUGCUGGUACUAAAUGUUGACUAACUAAGGGGGACAGUUAGAUUCCACAUCCCACCAGGCAUUUCUCUCUCCCUCAUCUGUCCGUCUGUCUUUCUCUCUGUCUUUCACUCUGUCUCUCUCUUUCACUCUGUCUCGCUUUCAUUCUGUCUGUGUCUCCGUGUCGCUCUCUGUGUCUGUCGCUCUCUCUGUCUCUCACUAUCGGGUUUCAAAACUUGCCAGCAGCUGUGUUGUGUUAGCCAUCAGGAGGGGUGUUUGGUUAGGGGGCGCACUGUGUGACUCCUCAGUCAGAACUAUGACAGCAUACAGAGACACAGCUGGGACUGAUGAAGGCCAGCAACACCAUGCCAAACUGCCCGCCUGGAGAAAGAGUUUAGGGUUUAGGACAUGGAGCAGAGGGCUAGUGGUCUGUCACUCAUUUGCUUUCCUCUGUCUCUGUCUCUGUCUCUGUCUGUCUCUGUCACUCCAAGGACUAUAUAAAGUGUAUUUUUGAAAUCUUUAGAAAUCUUUGGUUGUUUACUACACUAUCUUACUCACUCUGUUUAGCACAUGGCCUCACAUGUGAAUUAUUAAAGGGUGGGGCUAAGGCUUAAGAGGGUGUGAACGAUGCUGAAUGGUGUAGACAAAGAAGAGCUCUCCUGUAGGUGUACCAAAACAUUCAACGGCCAUUUUCUCAAAAGUGGGGUUACAAGUUGAUCAAUUUUCAAAGCAGAAUUACUUUCCCAUUGUUCUUCAACUGCAGUGUAUGAUAUACCAUUUUCUAGCUCUGAGUCUCUACUUUUAUCCAAUGUAAAAAACACAAUUUCAAAUUUUCCUACAUAGGACCGAGCCGGUCGGUCACAUAUCGUCCCGCGACACCCUGCUUUCUUCCUUUUGUUCUCCUCUACAGAAAGACAUGACUAUUUAUUUAAACAUCUCUCCUUUGUGUAUAGAAUAUAUAGAAGUCAUAUGCCUAUUCACAGUCCAGCACAGCCCUCUUUACUAGGAAGUUAUGACUCAGUCCUGGCUUUUGUUCAGGCCCCAUAGAGACCAUCUGAGUCACAUGUUGUUGCCCUCUGCUGGGUGAGAGAGAGGGCAUGGCUCUGGAUAUCUGGUAGGACAGAUAAGGAAGUUCAUAUACUAUGUAGCCACAUGGGACAGGACUACGCUGGGAUUUUUGCCUUCCUUCUUUAGGACCAAAUCAUGCACGUGCAUUGUACACAAUAGGCUACAUCAGUUGAAUGUAUACCUAUACUUUCCCAUAUACAGUGCCUUCAUAAAGUAUUCAACCCCCUUGACUUUUUCCAUGUUUUGUUGCAUUAAAGCCAUUAAACUGUAAUUUAAAAUUACUAUUGCCUUAUGGUGAAAUCCCUGAGCAGUUUCCUUACUCUAUGGCAACUGAGUUGGGAAGGACGCCUGUAUCUUUAAUGCCACAGUGUAUAAAUACACCAUCCAAAGCCUUAUUAAUAACUUCAUCAUGCUCAAAGCGAUAUUCAUUCUGCUUUUUUAAAAUCUUUCUUCCAAGCGGUGCCCUUCUUUGCGAGGCAUUGGAAAACCUUCCUGGACUGGUUGAAUAUGUGCUUGAAAUUCACUACUUGACUGAGGGACCUUAGAGAUAAUUGUAUGUGUGGGGUAGUUAUUCAAAAAUCAUGUUAACCAAUAUUAUUGCAUGCAGAGUGAGUCCAUGCAACUUAUUAUGAAGGCACUGAACAUGUACAGUACACUGUGUGCAUUGCAAUACAUGCUGCUGUUUGUGUUAUGUCUGUAUUACAGGAGGUUGGUGGCACCUUAAUUGGGGAGGACGGGCUUGUGGUAAUGGCUGGAAUGGAAUCAGUGGAAUGGUAUCAAAUGCAUCAAGCACAUGGUUUGAUGCCAUUCCAUUUGCUCCGUUCCAAUCAUUAUUAUGAGCUGUUCUCCCCUCAAAAGCCUCCACUGGUCUGUAUGGUCCUAUUAUUUUCAUAAGCCCCAAUUGAUGUACAGUAUGUUCAUUUAUUGUUUGAUAUUUCAUCAUUUGUUGACAUCUCUCCAAAUACCAGAUUCAUAAGAGCUCUCACUAGACUACUAGAGAAUGGGAUAUCCAGGCAGAAGGAUGGUAUUUUUUGGUCAAGUACAAUGUGAAGUCAAUCAUGUGUGUGCUACAAGUGAAACACUGGGCAGUCUAGCCGCUAGCCACUCACUCAUCCAGUGUGUGUCCAAAAGUACACCCUAUUCUCUAUAUAGUGCACUACUUUUGACCAGAGCUCCAUAGGGCUCUGGUCAAACGUAGUGCACUACAUGGGAAUAGUAGGGUGCCAGUUUGGACAUAGUCGCUGACUCACUGCAUUUCCCGUCCCAUUGGUACAGCCCGGAAGUGAAACCAACCAGCGAUUGGUUCCUCCAGACUGAUUCGGCGGGCAACACCCAGUCCCUUAUCAACUGGCCCUCCAGGUACAGGGUGUGUCUGACCCUCCCUCCCUCCCCUCCACAUUCCCAUCUCUUAACCUAUCCCAUCAUGGCAUUGUCGCAUGUGACCUCUGACCUCACCCACCAUCAACAUUAAUGGGUGUUGCUGUGGUUUAAUUUCAUUGACCAAAUGUUUCACCUCCCUGCCCCCAUUCAGGCUGUCCAAUGACUCUACAGACAUUUAUAUCUCAAUGACUUAUAGAGUUGUAGAGUUACUUACAGUAAGUGUUCUAUUGCAGAACUCUGUUACUCCCUGUUUCUCUGCUGACUAGGCCAGACUGAGGGAGAGAGAGAGGGGAGGAUGAUGCUGGGAGUCAGACAGUGGGAGAAAACCCUUUAGUCACGACUCAUCCCCCGCUCCUCUGUCUUUACUCAGCAGAUAUAUCCAGUACUGUAUCCUCUCUCCCUCAGGCCCACACACAGUCAGAUAAAUUGGUAAUUAGAGCUGGAAAAAUUAUUGCUGUUAGCUCCAUUUGCUCUUCUUCAUUUCCUUUUUCUAGAUUUGAACAAUCAGAUCAUUGGAUCUGGGCUCAAAGCAGUAGCAACCUUGUGAUUACAGACAGACAACGGAGUCCAGUAGAGUUAUGCUGACUAGAUGUCUAUAUUCAUGACAUUGACAGGUCUUUGUUAUUAUAGUAGACCAUUUCUGACCCACUAAACCUAUUAUCAGGUUCAAGUCACAAAUGGGUUGUAAAUACACAAGUGAGGGGGUUAUCAGUAAAGUCACGCAGUGUCUGUUGCUCUGCAGUAUAAUCAGAUAUCAGCCUAGAAUUGUUAGCCUAACUAAAUAAAGAACAGCUGAACCUCUAGCUAUGGCUACUGGAUUUACUCAUAAAGGAAUGUGUCGUUCAGAGAUGAGGAGAAAAGAAGACUGAGCUAACUUGCCACAGCCAGGCCUAGGCCCUGUUGCCCACCAGAUUCACAAAACGCAAUCUAAAACGAGAAAUGGCAACUUUGCUUAACUUUCCUCAUAAGUCUAUAGUGUAAAUGUAUAGUUAAAGGUGUUUUCAUCUCGAUAUCAAAUCAUUUCUGGGCAACAAUUACGUACCUUACUGUGAUUUGUUUUCAAUUAAAAUGGUCAAAGCGAUAUAUUUGUUAGGACUGCCUGAGUUAGGAAGGGGAAAACUGAAAAAUAUGUUAAUGGAAGGGAGGUUUGGAACUCUCUCAUUGGUCUGACUAAUUUACUGCCCGGUGAUGUCCCCAGCGAGGCCAAAGCUCCCAUCCCACCAAAACAGGCUGAAAUUUCAUGCAGGCUCUUACACUAAAAGCGCAUUAUCAUUAUUUUCACAAUUUCACAGUAUUAUUCCAACAGUAUUAUUAAAACACAGGAAAAUCAUGUUGUUGACUGCACUGGGCCUUUAAGGAAAAAAUUGCAGUUAAGAAGAUAUUUCUUCUGAAGAUAUGCUAUGUGAAUCCAGGCCCAGGCCUGCUCAGCUGUGGAAGACUGUUGUGGAAGAAUCUUCCCGGACCUUGAAUAGUAGAGACCAGUGAAAAGAGAAAGGAAGAGAAGGAGAGGGCGCUCUGACCUGUCCUGUCCCAGGAACAUCUUAGAUGUACUAUAGGAAAAUGGCAAAGAGCUGAGUGUUUUUAUGCCAUAUGCUAGCUGCCCUACAGAGAGAUUAACCGAGAGUUUUAACUCUCCCAGAACCACACAAUCAUCACAGACAAGUCUUAUAGGAAAGAGCUACUGUUCUAUAUUUAGCUACUGUUGGAAAAGCAUUAGCCACCACCUGGCAACAACUAUAGCCUAGCGUGUUGUCAACCAACCAACCAACCCCCACCAUCAUCCAGCAUGUGGUCUGUUUGUGCUCUGCAGCCUAUUGAUUCCCUGUUUGUUUUAGUUUGGUAACUUGUUGUUCAUCAUGUGUUUCUCAUUAGUAUCUCACUGGUCAGAUGGUAUUACAUUCAUAUUUCUGGGAUAUAUUGUUGAUGACAUUUUGACAGUUUUCUCUAAAUGGAGCCACGCUUGAAUAAGAGAGGGGAAGGGAGGUGGGGUGCAAGGGAAUGUUUGUGGCUGAGUGAAGUGGAUGUGUUGGGCAUUUACCAUAAUUUAUCUCUCUGUUCUCUCUGCACUCUCUGUUGAGUUUCAGUACAAACUGGAGCGUGUUGUUAACCCUCUAUCUCUCCCUAAAGAAUCAGAGUUAGGGAAAGACUGGCCAGGGAGGAGGGAGUCCGAAAGAGGAGUCCAGAGCUGGGCCACCAUGUCCCCGAGGCCCCCCUGUACAGGAGACACCCCCAGACCACCACCCACGCCACAGCCUACCACCAUGACCCCCAGGCUCCGGCCUACACCACCACUGACACUCCAGGCCCCAAGUCCUAUUCUCACCACCAGCCUCAGCUCACCUGUUCUGGGCAGAGUGAAGACCCCAGCUAUCUGUCCAUGGCCACUGGCCCCGGUUCCAGGGCACAGCAGCCCCAACAGCCUCCGCCAGAGGAGGAAGAGGAGAUGGAGGGAGAAGUAGAAGAGGAGAAGAGGGGAGCCCCUAGGGAGGGCAGACAGGAGGUGAGGACUGAGGGACUACUGAAGAGCAGGAAAGCUGUGCUGCCGUCGGAGAUCAGACACAGGGAAAAGAGCACAGAGGACCCACAUGGCAGCGGCCCCCGAACCGGCAACAGGGGAGAGGAGGAGCAGGCUGGCUACAGCAGGGCCAGAGGAGGCCAGGGAGUGGGACAGGGGAGGGAGGCUGAGUUGGGAGGAGGGGGAGGGAGAACCAGGAUGAGAUGGGAGGAACCGGACACAGACCCCGAACCAAACAGACCAACGGAACAACCCAUGUCUCUCCUGCAGGCCGCCGAGGUCAGAGCAGAGCUCAGCGCCUCCAGGGAGAAGGGCCAACAACCGUGGAGUGACAACACCAUCUACAUCCAGAGAGGGGUUGCCCCCGCCUCCACCCACAUCCUGGCCAGGGGAGGAGGCCCAACCACCACCACCAUGACCACUGAAGGCUCCAUCUCAUCCAGCCGUUCCACGUCUGACGCUGGGCCCGAUGGGGCCCCUAGAGGUUCCAUCCUUGGGGCCCAGGAGCCAGGGUCAGUCAAAGAGGCAGCAGGCCUGCGGAGGGGGGCCAUUGAGGAUGGGAUCAGUAAUAGAGACCAGAGCCCCCCAGAGACCAGGGAGACCAGGGACGCUCGUAUCUCUGUGGCCAAGCUUUGUCACUCCUACCUGGAAAGUGCUACGACUGCUACUGCCCCAGUCGUCAGGAAACCUGAGCUGUAGGUGGUUCUGUAGUACAGUGCUGCACUACAAUGCAUUCUGCUAAGAGCUGCUGCUGGCUUCUCUGUUUGGAACUCACUAAUCCGCUGCCUAACACAAAAUUAUAAUCAGUAAUCAAAUCUCUGCAUGAGUGUGGCCUUCAUUACUCCUCCAAUUAUAAAACCAGGGGUUGGGAUUCUGUGUGGGAAACAAAUUAAAAUCAUGCUGCAUUUCUUAAAUGACUAUUUUCCUGCUCUUUCUUCCAUUCUCUCACCUUGCUAUUUUUCUUUCCUUUCUUCAUCGCCCGACCCUUCUCCGUCUCUGUGUUGCGCCCCAAAGAGAGGAGGAAAUAAAAUGGGUGUACCCACGGGUUACGGAGGUCCCCUGGAUAGGGGAGCGGGACAGUACAGCGUUCCCAUGGAGGGGGGACAGGGACAGGGGGCGCAGGCCCAGACUCUACAUCUCCCCUGGAGAGAGUAGAAAUACCUCAGAGAGGUUUAGGACCCAGCCCAUCACCUCUGCUGAGAGACACCGGUCUGAUUGGUAAUGUGGGUUGUGUGUGCCGUGGCUAAUGCAUGGCAAACAAAAGGAAUUAGUCCUCAUCUUUUCUCAUGGAUAAAGACAAUAGAGGUCUAGUCUGCUUUGAAGGAACAUAGACACACACAUUCUCUGGCCGGGCAGCAGAGCGUGAUAGGAGAUUAGAACCCAAAAGUCUGUUGCGUGGGUUCCGAGUGUAUCCUGGCAGUGGACCCACCAUGUGACCAGCGCUCGCACCUCUACGCUCGCCAGGGCAAAUGAAUCAUUCCUAUUGUUGUUGUUUACUGUUAAAGUCUAGCAGUCUGUAAUGCCUUAGAUUGGGCAACUCGCUCUGUUAGAAACUCUGAUUUCCGUUGAUGUGUCCCAAAUGGCACCCGAUUCCCUAUAUAGUGCACUAUAUUUGAAUAGAACCCUAUGGGCCCUGGUCAAAAGUGCACUGAAUAGGGUGCCAUUAGGGACACAUUCUGUUUAAUUUCCUAACACCACCUAUCAUGUUACCUCUGUUGCUACUGCUGGGAAAACCUACUGCUUUCUUUCUGCUCUCAAUCUCUCAUCUCUGGGUAGCUGUACUCACACUAGCAGUAGUUUACCAUCAGCUUCCAACAACUUGAUUUGAUUGUGUAUUAAUAAUGUGUGCUGGUGAAUUUCACUGAUUCGGUUCUUGUUUUUCCUUUCUUGCCUUCUUUCUUCCUUGCCUUUUCUCCUGAAGGUCUUGUUUGAGCCCAGAUCUACCCAACACUGAAGGUAAGUUCCUUUUGAACUUUUUCUCCAUUGGUAAAAGGAAAAAAUACUUUGUAGCUUAGCUUUGAACAAGUACAUGCCAUCGAAUAAACUUUAAUGUUAGUGUUCAUAAAAAAGAAAAUAGAUUCCCUUUAAUGAUUUAAAGCUUAAUGAUGCAAGGCUUAUCAUUAUCUAGUCCCCUGUAGCUCAGUUGGUAGAGCAUGGCGCUUGCAACGCCAGGGUUGUGGGUUCGUUUCCCACGGGGGGCCAGUAUGAAAAUGUAUGCACUCGCUAAGCUGUAAGUCGCUCUGGGUAAGAGCGUCUGCUAAAUGACUAAAAUGUAAAAUGUAAUUAAACUUACACUACAUGACCAAAAGUAUAUAUCUCAAUCCAAAAUCAUGGGCAUUAAUAUGGAGUUGUACCCCCUUUGCUGCUAUAACAGCCUCCACUCUUCUGGGAAGGCUUUCCACUAGAUGUUGGAACAUUGCUGAGGGGACCUGCUUCCAUUCAGCCACAAGAGCAUUAGUGAGAUUGGGUACUGAUGCUGGGCGAUUAGGCCUGGCUCGCAGUCGGCAUUCCAAUUCAUCCCAAAGGUGUUAGAUGGGGUUGAGGUCAGGGCUCUGUGUAGGCCGGUCAAGUUCAACACCGAUCUCGGCAAACCAUUUCUGUAUGGACCUCGCUUUCUGCACGGGAGCAUUGUCAUGCUGAAAUAGGAAAGGGCCUUCCCCAAACUGUUAUCACAAAGUUGGAAGCACAGAAUAGUCUAGAAUGUCAUUGUAUGCUGUAGCGUUAAGAUUUCCCUUCUGGAACGAAGGGGCCUAGCCCGAACCAUGAAAAACAGCCCCAGACUGUGACGAGUACUGAGUAUACGAAGAGGCAGGACGCAGAGGCAGGAAUUAACAAGGUCAAGGUUUACUUAACAAUAACAACAAUGGAGUAAACGACACAAAGCUAAACAAUCACACAACAUCAUCCAGAACAGUCCAGGGCUAAAUAGGGGUGGUGAUAAGAUGAUGAGGUGCAGGUGCGCUGGAGGUGAUUAGGGUGCGUUGGGUUUCCAUUCCGGUGUUGCCGAGGUGGUGCGCUCAGACCGGUGGCUCAGUAGACCGGCAAAUCAGAGCGCCGGAGGGGAGCAACGGGAGGAGACCUGACAGCACCCCCCCACCCCUCCCAGGACGCGCGGCUCCAGCCGCUGGACGUCGCCGGCCAGGAGGACGAGGACGAGCAGCGGGACAGUCAGGGCGGCGACGGUGGAAGUCAUGAAUUAGGUUGGGGUCCAGAACAUCCCCAGACGGAAUCCAGCUCCUCUCCUCAGGACCAUACCCCUCUGAGUCCACCAGGUAAUGGAGCCGUCCCCCACGGAACCUGGAGACCAGCAGGCCCCUCACCGCAUACGCCGGACUCCCGUCAAUGUCCAGGGGUGGAGGAGGCAUACCCCGGGGGACGGCAUCCGCCAGAGGACCAGGAACCACCGGCCUGAGGAGAGACCCAUGAAAAGUGGGAGAGACACGGUAGUGAGGGGGAUGGAGCAGCCGGUAUGAUACCUCAUUUAUCCGGACCUUAAAGGACCUUAAACGGCCCCACAAACCGGGGGCUCAGUUUCUUGCAGGGCAGGCGGAGAGGGAGGUUUUUUGUGGACAGCCAGACACGAUCUCCAGGCUGGAAUACAGGGGCCUCUCUGCGGUGGCGGUCAGCUUGGUCCUUCUGCCGACGAAUGGCCCUCUGGAGAUGGACAUGGGCGGCGUCCCAGACCUGUCCGGUCCUGUGGAACCACUCGUCGACAGCGGGCGCAUUGGUCUGGCUGGGUGUCCAAGGGGCCAGGGCCGUCUGGUACCCCAGGACGCACCAGAAGGGAGUGUGCCCUGUAGAGGAGCGAAAGAGGGAGUUCUGUGCAUAUUCUGCCCAGGGAAGAAACCUCGCCCACUCACCCUGCCGGUCCUGACAGUGGCAAUGAAGAAACCUCCCCAGCUCCUGUUUCAUGCGCUCCACCUGCCCAUUCGACUGAGGCCUAUACCCGGAAGUGAGGCUGGCCGUGGCCCCAAUCUUCUCCAGGAAAGCCUUCCACACUAGGGAGGUGAAUUGGGGGCCAUGGUCCGAGACGAUGUCCUCCGGAAGUCCAUAAUGCCGGAAGACCUGUUGGAACAGGACCUCAGCGACCUGGAGAGCAGAAGGAAGACCAGUUAGUGGCAAAAAACGGCAUGAUUUGGAGAACCGAUCUACAACCACCAUGACUGUGGUGAAGCCGUCAGAACGUGGAAGGUCGGUGACAAAGUCUAUGGACACGUGUGACCAAGGUCGCUGAGGCACUGGGAGAGGAAAUAGUUUGCCUUCCGGGGUGUUCCGAGGUGUCUUCGUUUGGGCACAUACGGAACAGGAGUUGACAUAGCGCUUGAUGGUGGUGGGAACUGGCCAUGACCUGGUAAGCAACUCCAGUGUAGAUUGGCCUUGUGUUUUAGGUUAUUGUCCUGCUGAAAGGUGAAUUAAUCUCCCAGUGUUUGGUGGAAAGCAGACUGAACCAGGUGUUCCUCUAGGAUUUUGCCAGUGCUUAGCUCCAUUCCAUUUAUUUUGUAUCCUGAAAACCCCAGUUCUUAACGAUUACAAGCAUACCCAUAACAUAAUGCAGCCACCACUAUGCAUGAACAAAUGGAAAGUGGUACUCAUUAAUGUGUUGUAUUGGAUUUGCCCCAAACAUUAUUAUUUUUUAUAAUUUUAGUGCCAUGUUGCAAACAGGAUACAUGUUUUAGGAUUUUUGUAUUUUGUACAGGCUUCCUUUUUUAUACUCUGUCAAUUAGGUUAGUAGUGUGGAGUAACUAUAAUGUUGUUGACCCAUCCUCAGUUUUCUCCUAUCACAGCCGUUAAACGCUGUAACUGUUUUAAAGUCACCAUUGGCCUCAUUGUGAAAUCCCUGAGCGGUUUCCUUCCUCUCCGGCAAUUGAGUUAGGAAGGACGCCUGUAUCUUUAUAGUGACUGGGUGUGUUGAUACACCAUUAAAAGUGUAAUUAAUAACGUCACCAUGCUCAAAGGGAUAUUCAAUGUGUGCUUUUUUUAUUUUUACCAAUCUACCAAUAGGUGACUUUCUUUGUGAGGCAUUGGAAAACCUCCCUUGUCGUUGUGGUUGAAUCAGUGUUUGAAAUUCACUGCUCGAUUGAGGGACCUUACAGAUAAUUGUAUGUGUCGGGUACAGAGAUGAGGUAGUCAUUCAAAAAUCAUGUGAAACACUAUUAUGGCACACAGAGUGAGUCCAUGCAACUUAUUUGACUUGUUAAGCAAAUGUUUACUCCUGAACUUAUUUAGGCUUGCCAUACCAAAUGGACUAAAUACUCAGCUUUAAAUGUUUUAUUAAUUUGACAUUAUGGGGUAUUGUGUGUAGGCCAGUGACAGGGGAAACACUGUAUUUCUGGCUCUGUUUCCCAAACACACUGCAGUCACUCACACCACAUGGAAGUUUUGCUUGUCUUUGUUCUAUAGACAUUACAGAUGGUGACCAUCAUGAUGAUUAUAAACCUUUGGCCUGUAGUACUUCACAGCACAAGCUGUGAGAUCUAACUCAAUUUGCAGCCAUUGGACUGGCAUUUAGUACUUCACUACCGGUGGAACAAAUUAAGUAGGUUUUAAAGGAUUCAAGCAUGCUGUUUUAUUAUGGGAAUUGGUUUUCAAGAUUCUCCAACUCUCGCUCUAUUUGAGACACUUGGAAUUCGAAUUUUCCUUGUGUUAUUCAUCUUGCUCUCUCUCUUCCUCUCCUCUCUUUCUCACUUUUUUCCCCUCUCUCUCUGUCUCUCUCUCUAGCCGAUGAAGAGAAGUUGGAUGAGCGGGCCAAGCUGAGUGUUGCAGCCAAGCGUUCUCUCUUCAGAGUACGAAAGGACACGAUGUUGCUUUGGUGUUUUCUCUCACCUGUGUUUAUCUUGCUUGGGGGUAGCAAGAAGUGGACAUGGCCUUUUAGACGCACGCACAUGCACACACACACGUACACACGCAGCAAUGCACGCACUCAUGCACACAAAUACACACAGCAUUCGUCCUCUGACUCAGUUACUCCACACACUGAUGUGAGCUGAGCAGUUGACUCUAUGCUGGUGUUGGGCAUGACACAGAUGGACAGAGAGAAAUAUUCUAAUCAACUACAUAAACAUUGAGACAGAUUUUCCAUACAGAAUCUUCUCUUGGCCAACUUGCAUGUGGAAUAUACUGUCAAAAGCUAUUAGCUGAUGUAGUCAUAGUAAUGACACAGAGAUAGCGUUUCAAGUAAUAACUCCAUUGCUAUCAUUUGCAUGAUAAUUCCAUUAGGAGUUGGCAAGAGAGCAGAAACAGACUGGCACUCGGGCUAGGUCAAGCACGGCGAACAUGUGCUUUCUUGUGCUACAUCAUGAUUAACUCUUUCCUCAUAUCGUAAGACAAAGUCCACCUUCACUCUCUAUGCCUAAUUUUUAAGAUUUACAAAAUCAAACCUUGCAACAGCCAUUUCUUCCCCUAUUUUGGUUGGGUACUUGGGUAACUCCAGAGGCUCUGGUUAACUGAACAGAUUUCUCUAGUCGAUGUAUUUGAAUUAUAUUGGAAUUCAUUUAUUUUCUAUUGGAUUAUCUAAAACCAACGGAUUUCUCUAUUCUUUUACUCUUUUCUAUUGAAGUAUCAAUCUAUUCCCUUAAAACUGAGAGUUUGAGCUUUGAAUUGGUUUGAAAACAUGGAAGAUGACUCUGGUCUCCCUGCAUGGCCUACCAAGGAGUUGGAGAGGAACACGGAUGGGGGCGCCCCAAAACCACCGUCACGGAACGUGGCCAUGGAGAGGCGACUGAGACGCACCCAGGACCGCUCCCAUACCCAGCCAGUCACUACUGAGGAGGUGGUCAUCGCUGCCACGUAAGUCCAAACUACACCUGCCUCUCCAUUCCUCCAUCUGCCUUGCGCUCACUCUCUCUCGCUCCCUCCCCCCAUUUGUGAGACAACCAUUGUUUUGUUGAUAGAAAGCCACAGUCAGUAAUUCCCGCUCCAGUCAGGCAAGGUAAUGUGUUUUGAUUUAGAACAUGCUCUGUGACUUGCCUGCUGGUUCCGAUCAGUUGGUUAAUACAAAGAGGAUGGAGAAAGCGGCUGUUACCUUUUCACCUUGCUUUAAAACAGUCACACAGGUUUGACUCUCCAAGGGCUUGACACUGAAACGUAGUAAGGAUCCACAGGAGCUUAUUAACACUUAACACAGUAUAAACAGCUUAUAGCAGCUUAUAAACACUCCAUUUACAAUAUAAUCACUAUUCUAUUGUGAAGUGAACUACCUUAAUGUAAAGCUGGAAUCCUUAGCGGUCAAACUGUCACAGCCGUUUGUGAUAUUACAACAAUUAUGUUUCUUCAAACAACACUGUUUUUUCCCCAACAUCGUUGCACAUCAUUGCAUGCGCAAUAGAACAGAGUAUGUAGUACGAUUUGGAUGCUGGAUUCUAAUACCAAUGCUGGAUGCUAAAAUUCUCUGUUUCAAAAACAAUAACAAAUGUGCCUGAGUCGCCCCGUGGCACUGUUUCACCUUUCAAGGAUCUCAGCUUUAAAGGGGAAUCCCAUUCAAAAUAGUCAUCUGGAUCUCUUCUUCUCCUUCUCCCAUCUCUCUUCCUGCUGUCACCUCUGUCUCUGUAUGACUCACUCUAUGUCCCCUCUGUGUCUGUGACUCUCUAUACUGUCACUGUAAAGUGUCUCUGCUCCUUCGUCACAAACCGUGUCGGACCAUACGGCGGUAGCACGCAUCCCUAGCCCCACUCUAGUCAGCAGCAAACUGACACCAUACAGGUACACGGGCACGGAAGUGAGCACACGCGUGUGGUAUUAGCAGCCAAUGGGAGUUCAGGGGUUAUCCUGACCCACACUAACCUAAUUAGCCUGGUUCCAAAUCUGUUUGUGCUGUCUUUCUAACUCCUAUGGUCAGAGUUGGCAAGACGGCACAAACGGAACUGGUACCAGGCUAUAACCUAACCAGAACGGCUACAGUACACUGGCUGAAUGCAUGGUUGGUUGUUUACUGGAUCCAUCACCAUGAUGGAGAUGUUGUUGUUGUUGAAAGCUGACUAGCAUUUGGUCCAAACAGAGUAUGUGUUUGUGUGUGGUUAUAUUAACCUUUGCUGUGUGGAAAUUUCAAACAUCAAUCUGUUCUCACAAGGUCAGGUGGGGUGUUUGGAUGUUUGGCACCCCCUUGUGUAUUUUGAGGGAACAACUUGCAUGUUAAAUCUGUUGCGUAUAUUACGCUAUUUUCUGUUUUCCUAAUACUUUAUGCUGUUACACCAUUGUCAAUUUUGUGGUAUCCAGGAUCUCCUACAACCUCUCAAAAGAUGGAGCACAGAAAUGGUGCUUUAUCAACCGGCCAAUACUAUGAUACUGUAUUUGUCCACACUGUAGGCUAUGCACUGGACAGUACCCCCUAUAUGUCUGUGUAGCAUGGCCCUGGCCUGCAUGAACUAGCAUGCCUUCCUGUUCAUGUUCUUCUCCCUCUCCCCCUCUCCCUCCCUCCCCCCAUCUCCCCCUCUGUGGGUGUAAUUCCUCCUCCCAGCCUGCAGGCGUCCUCGCAGCAGAGUGCUGCAGCCAGGGAGCAGGCCAGGGAGGCGCGGCAGGCCCAUAAUGCCCUGGAGUUCCAGAGGGUGGCUCAGCGGACCUCCUCCAAGCUCCUACAGACCUCCUCUCCUCCUGACAAUCAUGUAUGUAUUGAUGAAUGAUGUAUAUUGUUUUUAUAUAUUUAUAAUCUGGUGUAUGUAUCAUCAUCAGUAAGCCAUCCUGCCUUCCGGCCAAAGAGGACCACAAUUAUGUUUUUUAAUGUAUGUGUGUUUUCUUCAAUGCUUUUCAAUGCAUUGUAUCGACAUGUGGUAUAAUUGUGUUUUUAAAUUGUCAAGUAAAUCAAAUCAAAUCAAAAACCCAGCAGGGCCAGGGGGACGCAGAGCCGGAUUUGUCCACCCUAAGCUUGGCAGAGAAGAUGGCUCUGUUCAACAGGCUGGCCCAGCCAGCCACCAGGGUGACCUGCACCAGGCCUGAUAGCAGGGGGCGCAGGGCCAACGCCCGCUACCAGACCCAGCCCAUCACCCUGGGAGACCUGGAGCAGGUAGGAGCAGAGACAAUGGAGCAGAUAUUGUAGAGGGGUUCUGGCUGUAGGAGGAGUUCUGGCUGUAUUCGUGUGUGACGUGGUCAUUGUAGUGAUUGUUGCUGUAAUCAUGUACUAUCUAUACCCCUUCUUACAUAGUGUUGUUCCUUAUCUAGUUCUAAUAUUGAUUCAAGCCUCUAAUCCCCUUAUUGACUUUCAACAUCACCCAUUGUGUGUUUAAUACCAUUUCAUAGAAAUGACACACUCAAACACAUACCGUUUCUCUAAGUGUGUGAGAUUGUGUGUGUGUAUUCUCUGGUCCAGGAGCCCUCAGACACUGACCCCUGUGAUGAGCAGGAGCUAGGUGACGGGGGCCAGUGUGACAUCACACAAGUAAGGCUCUACCCACGGCAUGAUGGCCAGGCAGUGGAGGCUGAUGCAACUGGAGCUAUGCUUGGCUCUUGGCAACACUUCAGCUUCGUUCAUUUGUGCUUGACCAACAUUAAAAGAUCAGAUUAAUUAGUUAGUUCUAGGAAUAAAAUGGCAAUAGCAUACAAUUACUUCGAAAAUCGAUUUAUUAAUUGCUGAUGCUCUUCUAAUGAAUCUGAGGCUGCUUCACCUGAAAGUGAAAUACAGUAUUAUUGCAGGCCCUAGCAGCUUUUUGAAGGAUACCUGAUUUAAUUAGCACUUGUGUGUCUUGUGCUCUGUAACUUCCUGAUUGGCCUGUGAAGUCAAUGAAGAGAUUGUGUGAUGAUGUGCGUACGAAGGCUGAGCAUGGCUUCUCCUAAAUGGCACCCUAUUCCCAAUAUUGUGCACUACACAGGAGGUUGGUGGCACCUUAAUUUGGGAGGAUGGGCUGGUGGUAAUAGCUGGAGGGGAAUUAGUGGAAUGGUAUCAAAUUCAUGGUUUACAUAUAUUUGAUGCCAUUCCAUUUACUCCGUUCAGGCCUUAUUAUGAGCCGUCCUCCCCUCAGCAGCCUCCGGUGGUGCACUACUUUUGGGCCCUGGGGGCCCUGUGCAAAGUAGUGCAAUAAAUGGAGAAUAGGGUGCCAUUUGGGAUGUAGACCAUAUUUCACUGAGCUGCUCUUUGGCAUAAAUAGACCCUCUGUGUGAGAGGAGAGGAAAAGGGAGGAGAAUAUAAAGCUGAUCCCUCGUUCAUUCUCUGAAUGGAGGGAUGGACUGAAUGCAGUUUAUCAGCCGAGGUUCAUCUCUCAACAGUCACUGUUAGAAACAAGGUUGUUGUGACUGAAAGAGAGGGACAAAUUAAGGAAUGGGCUUCUUGGACUGUAGUUAGUGAGCCGUACAGUAUAGGGUUGACACAGACAGUAAAGUCUUAACAUUAUUCACUCCUAAAUGGUAUAAAAGUAUGAGUACAGCUUGUUCAGACAGAGCAUUGAGAUCUACCUACUUUCCUCUCAUAAAGAGUACAACACUGUAAAUGUACAGUACAUUGUUGGAAUCUGAGCAGAUUACCUCAGAGAAAAUACAUUAGUUUGUUUAUUGUUAUGUGUGUUGUAAAAGUGAUUUCUAGGUUUGUCCUUCGACUUAGAAGUUGAGGAAUGUCCUUUAACUUGAUUAUGUUUAGACCACAACAGGAUAUGGAAAUGAUGUAACAACAAAGAUGAGAUGAUUCAUAAAAGUGAAUGACUUUUGUCAUAACUAGAUGUUAGCGUUCUUGAUAAACAUCAGAGAAAUUGUCAGUUGUUUUUCUCAGUUGAGAAGUGACAUUUGUGGGUCAAUCCUAAACGAAUGGACGAUUGCGUCAAUGUCUACUGAUUCAGUGUUAUUCUUAGAGCAUGAUUCUGUGAAUAGAGCGGGAGGAGAGAGCGAGAGAGUGUGUGGCUGAACUCAUCCCUUGCUUCACAGACUGUUGGCAGCAGCUGUGUCGCAUUCAUAAGUGCACACUGAAGCAAAACGUUUCGUAACCAAAAACAUAAACAAGUGGUUCUUAGGUCCCUACCUGUUUCGGUCAGUUUGCUUCUGUUUGGUGCCCAGUGAAUAUGACCCUGGACUCAUUGUGCUUUGUGGUUGUCAGUGAGUGGGGGGACAUGACUGGUUGGGCAUGGCUUUGUGACGUGGGCCGUGAUUGGCUAGGCAAACUGCAGUCCUUUUGAUCCACACAGGAAGUGCAGUGGGUCAGCCUGUGAUUAGUCAGCGUUAUUAUCUAGAGUUCCAUUGUCUGUUGGUUAGCCUGCUGCCUCACUAUUACUGGGCGGACGGACUCAUCUGCUGAGGGAGCUUCUCGUCCACUCUAGCUGACCUUGUUUUCUCUCCCUCCCUCUCUCUCAUCCCACUCUCUUUUCUCCCCUUUUCCCUCGACCCAGAUCCAUAACGGGGCCAGGUUGGGCCAGCUAUCCUCAUCAGCACUCAGACCUGGGGCCACGGUCUCCACAGACCACGCAGGGGACAUCCACUUAGCCAGGGGGGGCGGGGGUAGCCCAGCCGAGGCCACUCCUGCUGCACCAAACCCUGGGUACUACGAGAGGUCCAUCUACCACCACCCUAGCCCUCCCACCCAGAUCACAGAACCGACCAAUGCUGUCUGGAGGUCUGUGCCCGGCCCCCACCACCAAGCCUCUCUGGAUCUCCAGAUGCACCAGGCUGACACCACCACCAUCCUCCCCAAGGGAGAGGAGGGUGAUCUGUGGGGAGGGAAGAGAAAGCUGCCAUCUCCGGAGGGAGGUGUCAGAAAUCCCCCCCUGCCCCAGCCUCAGGCCCGGUCUGGGGGCAGGGAGUGGGAGGAGGAGCAGCAUGUGGCCAGGAUGGGUGGUGGUGAGGGUGUGGAGCCCCAGCGCGUGUUGAAUGGGUCAGAGAGCGGUGGUGGUGGUCUCCACCAGGACCAGAGGCAGCACCAGGAGCAGAGGGGCUAUCUGAGACAGUCAUCAUUUGACCUCCAGGACCCAGACAGACACAGGUCAAAGGUCAUCAGCACUGGUAAGCAGUGUUAGGGAAGCUACUCUGAAAAUAUAGUUUACCAAGCUACAGUACCUAUUAUUUCACACUGGAAUAGUAAGCUACACUGAAGCUACCCUUAAGAAAAAUAUAGUUUUCUUAACUAAAGUUACUUUGAAAAAGUACUUUAUGAUAAAUUAUCAUAUCGAAAUAUGAAAUGUCAUAGACUACAAAUUACAAGAACAGAUCACUCUGCAGUCAGAUGUUAACAAAGUGUGUAGUUUAGCCUACUAAACACAAAAAACUAAUGAAAGUCUUGCACACCCAUAUUUUUGUUUCUUUUUGCAAAACAAGUAGUGUGUAAUUCCAGUAGUUGGCCACACCGCUAUAGCAAUAAAGUAAUUAACUACUGAAAACACUAACAAGAUUUUAAUUUAGUUCAACUACCACCAAGCUACUGCAAAAUGUAGUUAAAUUACAUGUAGUUCACUACUCCCCAGCAAUGCUGGUAAAACAAGCCUCCAGGGGCUGUGGAUUGACAGGGGGAAGGAGGGAGGAAGGGUUGUCGCUGUGGCUUUUCUGUUAGUCUUUCACUUUCUCUCACUCUGGCCUCAUGCUUUAAAAAAUCCAAAUCAAAUUCUUAGAAAUGCUCCACUCUCUCUCACGCACGCACGCGCGUGCAUGCAUGCCUGCAUACAGUGCCUUCGGAAAGUAUUCACACCCUUUGACUUUUUCCACAUUUUGUUUUAUUAAAAAGUGGGAUUAAAAUUGAUUAAAUAAAAAAAUUGUCAACGAUCUGCACAAAAUACUCAGUGGAAGAAUAAUUAGAACAUUUGUAAACAAAUAUAUCUAGAGUAAAAAACUAUUCAACCUCCUGAGAAUACAUGUUAGAAUCACUUUUGGCAGCGAUUACAUCUGUGAGUCUUUCUGAGUAAGUCUCUGAGCUUUACACAGCUUUAUUAUUUUCAUGGUGAAAUCCCUGAGCGGUGUCCCUUCCUCUCCGGCAACUGAGUUAGGAAGGGCGCCUGUAUCUGUGUAGUGACUGGGUGUAUUGAUACACCAUCCUAAGUGUAAUUAAUAACUUCACCAUGCUCAAAGGGAUAUUCAAUGUCAGAUGUAUUAUUAUUACUAUUAUUGCACACCAUUCAAUUUAUGUGACUUGUUAAGCAAAUGUUUACUCCUGAACUUAUUUAGACUUUCCAUAACACAGGGGUUGAAUACUUAAUGACUCAAGACAUUUUACCUUUUUAUUUUUAAUUACUUUGUAAAAAAAGAAACAUAAUUACACUUUGACAUUAUGGGGUAUUGUGUGUAGGCCAGUGACGACAAAUCUCAAUUUAAUCCAUUUUAAAUUCAGGCUGUAACACAACACAACAAAACUUUGAAAAGGUCAAAGGGUGUGAGGGAGGAAGGGUUGUUUCAGUCUCUGGACUUAUACCCCAUUGAAAAACUGUGGUUUGAAUUGAAAAGGGCAAUCCAUAAGCGCAAACGAAGGAUAUCAAGGAUCUGGAAAGAUUCUGUAUAGAGGAAUGGUCUAACAUCUCUCCCAGCGUGUUCUCCAAUCUCAUACUCUUUUGGCGGUAAAGGCUCUGUCUUUAUCCUCGAAACAGGAGAGUGCUAGAGUAUUGAAAACAGGAGAGUGCUAGAGUAUUGAAAACAGGAGAGUGCUAGAGUAUUGUUUUUAUUACUUAAACACAAUCUAUUUCUCUGAGUAUUAGUAUAAUUUCCCUUUUUCUUUUUUUUGCAUACAAUAUAUUUGUGUUAUUUAGUAUUUUGCUCCACUUGAUCAAUGGUGCCAAUAAUUCUGAACUUGACUGUAUACGAGUGAUCAUCGCUUGGCUAUGUGUGUGUGUGGGAGAGAGUUAUGAAAUUAUUUCCGAUGCCGACCAUCUGACAGAUCACAUUAGCUCAAUUAAAUGUUUUUAUUUCCCCCUUGGUACAUCCACUAUGGCUCCUGUAAAUCCAUGUAGACUACUCGCAAAGAAAACAUCAACACAGCCAAUACUACCACACAGUGUAAACUGAAGUGAUAAGCUGCAAAUAUACCAGAGAUGCUGUAUCCCCCCCCCCCCCAAAAAAAAAUAAAAAACUUCCUGUGUUGUGUGUAUGAAUUAUGUUGACACGCAGUGGCUGUGGUUUUCAAGCUUUCCCUUAUUUGAUAUUACACAGUGGGCGCAGACUCUAGCUAGCUCUCCCCUGUUUUGUCUUGUCAGUCUGUAUCAGCGUUUGGCUUCUCCCGCAGCGUGCUAGGGCACGGACCAGUCGCGAGAGAGAGACUCUUCUUUACAUUUACAUUUACGUCAUUUAGCAGACGCUCUUAUCCAGAGCUAUGGUGUGACUUCUGUAGAGGGAGGUUCGCUGUACUGUUCACACAACUAGAGGAGCAACAGGGUGGAGGGUUUUAACAUUGUGAGAGUGUUACGCUUCUCUACAGCUGUUUUGAGAUUUUUUAUAAGUCUGUUUGCAAACAUGAUUGUGCUAGGGGAGCUCUCCUAACGCCUUCCUGUGUGUGUGUGCAGAGCUGCCAGACUCCAGUGUGUCAUCAUCGAGAGCAGCAGAGCAGCUAAGGAGUGCAUCUCUCUCUCCACACACACUGCUGCCUCAGGCUCGGGAGCUGGGCGGCGCAGACACACACACAGACGGCAGCAGUGAUCUGGGAUACACACACAGCCUGGUCCAGUCGGAGCAAGAGGACAUAGAGCUCUCAGAAGCAAUGUCGGCUAGACAGAUGUCCAUCAAAGACAGGUGAGUUCCUUUUCUUUUUCUCAGCAAAGAAACCCUGGGUUGAUUAGGGAAAGUCUCUAGGCAGUUGGCUCUGGACAGCUUGUUUUGCUCACCAUCAUCAGUUUUCUCCUAUCACAGCCAUUCAUUUCUGUAACUGUUUUAAAGUCAACAUUGGCCUCAUGGUGAAAUUCCUGAGUGGUUUCCUUCCUCUCCGGCAACUGAGUUAGGAAGGGCGCCUGUAUCUUUGUAGUGACUGGGUGUAUUGAUACACCAUCCAAAGUGUAAUUAAUAAUUUUUGGCAAGGCAGUUUUGGUCAUUCUCUGUACGGUAUGUGUGUGAGCAUAUUACAUUUUGUCCUCAUUCUCUGAAUCAUUGUCUGAAUGGGCUGUGUAGUUUUUGAAUGCAGCGUAGUCCUGUUUGUUUGUUUCAGUCUGUCAGAGGGGACAGCAACAGCCACAUGCAUUAUUUGAAUUGUUGUUGACUCAUGUUGGAUAUUGACACUGACUCAGUCAGUAUGUUUAUGCUUGUGGACUUGAGUCAGUUUUUGAUCUGCAGAGGUCAAAAUGAUAAGAUGUAGUGUUUUAUUUUCUUAUUCUUAUAUUAGUAUGUUCGAGAGAGAUGGAAGGAGAGGGUGAGAGACUCACCUUGACUCUCAUUGUGGAAUGUAGGUUGCGAGGGAGAUUGAAGUAAAGAGCGAGAGAGAAAGCGAGGCAGCGCUGGGUGCGUUUGACGUGAGUUAAAGGGAUUUAUUUUGGGCGGUAGGUAGGUUGGUUGGUUGGUUGGAGCUGUGAGCACCCAAGGAGGAAGACAGCAGUGAUGGUCGGCAGAAGACCGAGAGAGAGAGCUGCUUGGCUCUAACCCCAUUCCUCUUGUCUCUCUGAUAAGGAGGAAAUUAUACUGAACAAAAAUAUAAAUGCAACAUGCAACAAUUUACAGUUCAUAUAAGGAAAUCUGUCGACUGAAAUAAAUUCAUUAGGCCCUAAUCUACGGAUUUCACAUGAAUGGGAAAACAGAUAUACAUCUGUUGGUCACAGAUACCUUAAAAAAAGGUAGAGGCGUGCAUCAGAAAGACAGUCAGUAUCUGGAGUGACCACCAUUUUCCUCAUGCAGUGUGACACCUCUUUCGCAUAGAGUUGAUCAGGUUGUUGAUUGUGGCUUGUGGAAUGUUGUCCCACUCCUCUUCAAUGUCUGUGCGAUGUUGCUGGAUAUUGGCGGGGACUGGAAUACCCUGUCGUACACAGGCGGGAACUGGAACACGCUGUCGUAUGCGUCGAUCCAGAGCAUCCCAAAUAUGCUCAAUGGUUGACAUAUCUGAGUAUGCAGGCCAUGGAAGAACUGGGACACACACACACACACACACACACUAGCGUUCAAAAGUUUAGGGUCACUUAGAAAUGUCCUAGUUUUCUAAAGAAAAGCAUUUUUUUUUACCAUUAAAAUAACAUCAAAUUGAUCAGAAAUACAGUGUAGACAUUGUUAAUGUUGUAAAUGGCUAUUGUAGCUGGAAAUGUCUGAUUUUUUAAAAUGGAAUAUCUACAUAGGCAUACAGAGGCCCAUUAUCAGCAACCAUCAGUCAUGUGUUCCAAUGGCACGUUGUGUUUGCUAAUCCAAGUUGAUCAUUUUAAAAGGCUAAUUGAUGUUAGCACAGCUGAAAACUGUUGUGCUGAUUUUAAAGAAGCAAUAAAACUGGCCUUCUUGAGACUAGUUGAGUAUCUGGAGCAUCAGCAAUUGUGGGUUCGAUUACAGGCUCAAAAUGGCCAGAAACAAAUAACUUUCUUCUGAAACUCGUCAGUCUAUUCUUGUUCUGAGAAAUGAAGGCUAUUCAUUUUACAUUUACAUUUACAUCAUUUAGCAGACGCUCUUAUCCAGAGCGACUUACACAUUGGUGCAUUCACCUUAUAGCCAGUGGGAUAACCACUUUACAAUAUGUUAAUUUUAUUUUUAUUAAUUUUUUGGUGGGGUAAGGGGGGGGUAGAAGGAUUACUUUAUCCUAUCCCAGGUAUUCCUUAAAGAGGUGGAGUUUCAAGUGUCUCCGGAAGGUGGUGAGUGACUCCGCUGUCCUGGCGUCGUGAGGGAGCUUGUUCCACAAUUGGGGUGCCAGAGCAGCAAACAGUUUUGACUGGGCUGAGCGGGAACUGUGCUUCCACAGAGGUAGGGGGGCCAGCAGGCCAGAGGUGGAUGAACGCAAUGCCCUCGUUUGGGUGUAGGGACUGAUCAGAGCCUGAAGGUACGGAGGUGCCGUUCCCCUCACAGCUCCGUAGGCAAGCAGCAUGGUCUUGUAGCAGAUGCGAGCUUCAACUGGAAGCCAGUGGAGUGUGCGGAGGAGCGGGGUGACGUGAGAGAAUUUGGGAAGGUUGAACACCAGACUGGCUGCGGCAUUCUGGAUGAGUUGUAGGGGUUUAAUGGCACAGGCAGGGAGCCCAGCCAACAGACAAGUGCCUGAAUUAGGACCUGUGCCGCUUCCUGUGUAAGGCAGGGUCGUACUCUCCGAAUGUUGUAGAGCAUGAACCUACAGGAUCGGGUCACCGCCUUGUUAGCGGAGAACAACAGGGUGUUGUCCAGGGUCACGCCAAGGCUCUUUGCACUCUGGGAGGAGGACACAACGGAGUUGUCAACCGUGAUGGCGAGAUCAUGGAACGGGCAGUCCUUCCCCGGGAGGAAGAGCAGCUCCCUCUUGCCGAGGUUCAGCUUGAGGUGGUGAUCCAUCAUCCACACUGAUAUGUCUGCCAGACAUGCAGAGAUACGAUUCGCCACCUGGUUAUCAGAAGGGGGAAAGGAGAAGAUUAGUUGUGUGUCGUCUGCGUAGCAAUGAUAGGAGAGGCCAUGUGAGGAUAUGACAGAGCCAAGUGACUUGGUGUAUAGCGAUAAUAGGAGAGGGCCUAGAACUGAGCCCUGGGGGACACCAGUGGUGAGGAGACAGAUUCUCGCCACGCCAAUUGGUAGGAGCGACCUGUCAGGUAGGACGCAAUCCAAGAGUGAGCCACGUCGGAGAUGCCCAACUCGGAGAGGGUGGAGAGGAGGAUCUGAUGGUUCACAGUAUCAAAGGCAGCAGACAGGUCUAGAAGGACAAGAGCAGAGGAGAGAGAGUUAGCUUUAGCAGUGCGGAGAGCCUCCGUGACACAGAGAGCACUCUCAGUUGAAUGACCAGUCUUGAAACCUGACUGGUUAGGAUCAAGAAGGUCAUUCUGAGAGAGAUGGCAAGAGAGUUGGCUAAAGAUGGCACGCUCAAGAGUUUUGGAGAGAAAAGAAAGAAGGGAUACUGGUCUGUAGUUGUUGACAUCGGAGGUAUCGAGUGUAGGUUUUUUGAGAAGGGGUGCAACUCUCACUCUCUUGAAGACGGAAGGGACAUAGCCAGCGGUCAAGGAUUAGUUGAUGAGCGAGGUGAGGUAAGGGAGAAGGUCUCCGGAAAUGGUCUGGAGAAGAGAGGAGGGGAUAGGGUCAAGCGGGCAGGUUGUUGGGCGGCCGGCUGUCACAAGUCGCAAGAUUUCAACUGGAGAGAGAGGGGAGAAAGAAGUCUAAGCAUAGGGUAGGGCAGUGUGAGCAGGACCAGCUGUGUCAUUUGACUUAACAAACGAGGAUCGGAUGUCGUCAACCUUCUUUUCAAAAUGGUUGACGCAGUCAUCCACAGAGAGGGAGGAGGGGGGAGGGGGAGGAGGAUUCAGCAGGGAUUAGAAGGUGGCAAAGAGCUUCCUAGGGUUAGAGGCAGAUGCUUGGAAUUUAGAGUGGUAGAAAGUGGCUAAAGCAGCAGAAACAGAGGAAGAAAAUGUAGAGAGGAGGGAGUGAAAAGAUGCCAGGUCCGCAGGGAGUCUAGUUUUCCUCCAUUUCCGCUCGGCUGCCCGGAGCCCUGUUCUGUGAGCUCGCAAUGAGUCGUCAAGCCACGGAGCAGGAGGGGAGGACCGAGCCGGCCGGGAGGAUAGGGGACAUAGAGAGUCAAAGAAUGCAGAAAGGGAGGAGAGGAGGGUUGAGGAGGCAGAAUCAGGAGAUUGGAGGGAGAAGGAUUGAGCAGAGGGAAGAGAUGAUAGGAUGGAAGAGGAGAGAGUAGCGGGAGAGAGAGAGCGAAGGUUGCGACGGCACAUUACCAUCUGAGUAGGGGCAGAGUGAGUAGUGUUGGAGGAGAGCGAGAGAGAAAAGGAUACAAAGUAGUGGUUGGAGACUUGGAGGGGAGUUGCAAUGAGAUUAGUAGAAGAACAGCAUCUAGUAAAGAUGAGGUCAAGCGUAUUGCCUGCCUUGUGAGUAGGGGGGGACGGUGAGAGGGUGUUACGAACCCCGUGGCUUUGAACGUCUAGGGUGAUGGACAUGAGACCCGUAACAUAAUUCAUGUAAAUUAUAAGUGUGGCAUGGAAUAGUGAGAACAAAUAUGACACAACAACCAUGAACUACCGUCAAACACAAAUGGUUUAUUUCUGAACACACGGUAACGGUUUGGGAAAAAGGGCUGAGCAGGACCCAAGAAAUGAAACAAUAGUGUAAAACACCCCUAAACUGAUCUUGCCUGCCUCAAGAACCGCUAGGCUACUGCUACCAUACAAAAAUACAGUGGGUGGUCCGCUCAGGUCUAACUAGUGUUUAUAGACAGUUCUUUCUACGGGAAAUGUAUGCCCAAGGGCAGCUAGCUCAAACUCCCCUUUUCCCAGAAACACACAAUAGUUACCAAACAGAGUAACCAGCAAAUUAGUGAGUACUCUAAACACAGGACAUCACAGUAUCCAUUACUCACAUACCAAACAGUGGUCUAACAAAAUUACCAAUCAUAGUAACCAGCAACUUAGUGAGUAACCAAAAACAGGACACCACAGUGUCCAUACUCACAUACAGAAAUAUUCUCUCUCUCUCAACAAACACAAGUGACUGGUUUUUAUAUAAUGGGAUGUGUGAUUGAAAAAACGAGUAACAGGUGGUGCAAUGCACAGGAAUGUUCACUGAUUGGUCCAAUCAGCAGACAUCUCAACGACCACCAAUCAGGAACAUACAGGACACCUGUGAUUAGGGCAGAAGGAGAGAAAAACACAGGACACAGGAUACCUGUAUCCGUAACAGAGGGUGAGGUCAAAAGAGGAGAGGAGUGGAAAGAAGGAGGCAGAGAGAAAUGGGUCAAAGGUAGACGUAGGGAGGUUAAAGUCACCCAGAACUGUGAGGGGUAAGCCAUCCUCAGGAAAGGAACUUAUCAAGGCGUCAACCUGGAGGGCGAUAAAUGAUAAGGAUGUUAAGCUUGAAUGGGCUAGUGACAGCAUGGAAUUCAAAUGAGGAGAUAGACAGAUGGGUCAGGGGAAAAAGAGAGAAUGUCCACUUGGGAGAGAUGAGGAUUCCUGUGCCACCACCCCGCUGACCAGAUGCUCUCGGGGUAUGCGAGAACACAUGGUCAGACGAGGAGAGAGCAGUAGGAGUAGCAGUGUUUUCAGUGGUAAUCCAUGUUUCCGUCAGCGCCAAGAAGUCGAGGGACUGGAGGGUAGCAUAGGCUGAGAUGAACUCUGCCUUGUUGGCUGCAGAACGGCAGUUCCAGAGGCUGCCGGAGACCUGGAACUCCACGUGGGUCGUGCGUGCAGGGACCACCAGGUUAUAGUGGCAGCAGCCACGCGGUGUGAGGCGUUUGUAUAGGCUGUGCGGAGAGGAGAGAACAGGGAUAGACAGACGCAUAGUUGACAGGCUACAGAAAAUGGCUACAAUAAUGCAAAGGAGAUCGGAAUGAAAUGAACUAAACAUCUGGGAAAGCGAGAGAGCGGGGCCUCCCUCACUUACGUUUCACUGAAACACCCAAAUAUAACUCUCCCAACUUCCACCUCAGAAACUAUAAUUGUUGUAAACUACAGUGGUUCAAUGUUUUCUAGGAAUAGACUAAAUUAGUUUAUUCAGCUAGCUAACUUGGUACAGUAUUCUUCAGUGAAAACCGUCCAGGGCACCGAAUCCUAUGACGCCACAGCCAACUAGCAUGCCAGCCUCCAACAACACGGUUUAGCACCAAUACUCGGCCACAACAAACUCGGCCACAACAAACCACCAGUGUGUCAACACGCCAAGCAGAUCAUUCGUGUCCGUGUCUAACGUUGUGUAAAGUUCUGGGUUAGUCCCGACAGCUUGAUCAAGUCCGUCGUCAACUUAUUCAGCCAGUUAGUUAGCUAGAAUAGUUAGCAUACUAGCUAGCCAUUGCUUCCUGCCAACGAAAAAAAUAACUCCUCCCACGGCAUUAACACACAGAGAGAGCCAAGCUAACGUUAACUAGUCAGCCAUGUCCUGAAUUCCCUUGAACGACUCUGGUUACCAGUAUGUAAAACAAAACACAAAUGUAGGUUAUAACUUAGCCCUAGCAGCUACUGUUAGCUAGCCAAGUGCAAAGCUAGCCACUGAAUCGACUCAGCCAGUUCGCGUCUGUUCGCUAGGUCGUUCCAGCUAUUGUUUAAUUAGCUAUCCAGGUAGCAACAAGAUAGCUACAUUUCGAGCACAGUAGCUACUAACUACCUAACGUUAACGCUUCAGACAAUGAGGUUAGAAAAACAGCUGAAUGGUAGGCAGUUAGCUGGCGUAAUUACAGGUACUCUCAAGCGUGAAACAACUAUCCGCAGUUGCUAAUAGUUACCAGUAGCUACCCGCUAGCUAGUCCAGGUAGUGGGUUAGCUAGCCUCGUGCUUCACCGGGCUCAGCCUAAUACAAUACUUACCUACAAUACUUACAUACAAUAACCUACUAUAACUACAAUAACCUACGAUAACUACCUACGAUAACUACCUACAAUACCUAACUACAAUCUAACUACAUAGUUUAAGCUUUACUCGACACCAUAUAAGCCAUAUAAGCCAAGCUUACCUCCCGCCAGAGAGAGACACAACCUCACCCAACGACUUCCAGCGAGCAUUCCAUGCGAGAAAUUGCCAAGAAACUGAAGAUGUCGUAUAACACUGUGUACUACUCCCUUCACAGAACAGCGCAAACUGGCUCGGUGUGCAAUAAUAGUGUUUAACAUGAUUUUUGAAUGACUACCUCAUCUCUGUAACACACACAUACAAUUAUCUGUAAGGUCCCUCAGUUGAGCAGUACAUUUCAAACACAGGUUCAACCACAAAGACCAGGGAGGUUUUCCAAUGCUUCGUAAAGGGCACAUAUGGGUAGAUGGGUAAAAAUUUAAAAAAGCAGACAUUGAAUAGCCCUUUGAGCAUGGUGAAGUUAUUAAUAAUACUUUGGAUGGUGUAUCAACACACCCAAAAGCUACAGGUGUCCUUCCUCACUCAGUUGCCGGAGAGGAAGGAAACCGCUCAGGGAUUUCACAAUGAGGCCAAUGGUGAAUUUAAAGCAGUUACAGAGUUCAAUGGCUGUGAUAGGAGAAAGCUGAGGAUGGAUCAAUAACAUUGUAGUUACUCCACAAUACUAACCUAAUUGACCGAGUGAAAAGAAGGAAGAUAUUCCGAAACAUGCAUCCUGUUUGCAACAAGGCACUAAAGUAAUGUGUCAAAGCAAUUCACUUUAUGUCCUGAUUACGAAGUGUUACGUUUGGGGCAAAUCCAAUACAACACAUUACUGAGUACCGCUCUCCAUAUUUUCAAGCACAGUAGUGGCAGCAUCAUGUAAUGGGUAUGCUUGUAAUUGUUAAGGACUGGAGUUUUUCAGGAUAAAAAAUGAACGGAAUGGAGCUAAGCACAGGCAGAAUCCUAGAGGAAAAUCUGGCUCAGUCUGCUUUCCACCAGACACUGGGAGAUGAAUUCACCUUUCAGCAGGACAAAAACCUUAAACAAAAGGCAGAAUCUACACUGGAGUUGCUUACAAAGAAGACAGUGAAUGUUCCUGAGUGGCCGAGUUACCACUUUGACUCAAAUCUACUUGAAAAUCUAUGGCAAGACCUGAACAUGGUUGAGCUUGGAGAAUUGUAAAAAAUAAUAAUGGGCAAAUGUUGCACAAUCCAGGUGUGGAAAGCUCUUAGAGACUUACCCAGAAAGACGUCCACACCGAUCUCGGCAGACAAUUUCUCUAUGGACCUCGCUUUGUGCACAGGGGCAUUGUCAAAGUUGGAAGCACAGAAUCGUCUAGAAUGUCAUUGUAUGCUGUAUCAUUAAGAUUUCCCUUCACUGGAACUAAGGGGCCUCGCCCGAACCAUGAAAAACAUUAUUCCUCCUCCACCAAACGUUACAGUUGGCACUAUGCAUUGGGACAGGUAGCAUUCUCCUGGCAUCCGCCAAAUCCAGAUUUGGCCGUCGGACUGCCAGAUGGAAAAGCGUGAUUUAUCAAUCCAGAGAACGUGUUUCUACUGCUCUAGUCUGAUCUGUUUAUUCUCAGCACUGUUCUGUGAGUCUGUGUCCCAAAUGCCACUCUAUUCCAUAUAUAGUGCUCUACUUUUGAUUGCGUUACUGGUCAAAAGUAGUUCACUAUAUAGGGAAUAGUUUGUCAUUUCACACUUUUGGAGGAAACGCACUCAACCCAAACAUUCAGUCGUUUAAGCAUCCAGACCAUCCCAACGCUCUUGUUGGCUCCUUGUAGAAUAGGAGCAAGAUUCCAAAUUCUAAAUAAUGGACCUAGUUUGUAGAGUGACGGUCUAGGUUCUAACUUUAUGACUGAGCUGAGACCAUAUGGGGAAAGCUUUAGCUAUGGCUAGCCAGAGCUCUAUCGUCCAUCUCUCCAGCUCUCUCACAGCUUGUUGUCAUUGAUCCAAUUUACCUUUAUUGGACAGAUGGCUCAAAGAAUCCACUGUGCAUGCUGUAUUACAUGUGUCUUAGUGUUGUACAACCAUGGCCCCUUGGCAGAACAAAGACUGACAUCUCUCUCUCUCUCCCCCCCCAGGCUGGCCCUGUUGAAGAAGAGUGGCGAGGAGGACUGGAGGAACAGGAUUAAUAGGAAGCAGGACGUGGUGCAGGUGGCCGUGUCAGAACGUCACGCUCAGCUAUGGGAGGUGGAGCAGAGCUUCAAGAAGAAGGUAACCUGACUCACUACUGUAUAUACUGUAUGGUACGCUCCUUUAUCAACAGAAAACUAUACCCCUACUAAAGACUCAACACAAGCACAUGGUUAAAGUCUUUUGGCUGACAAUUUUAUGUAAUGAAAAAGUCAAUCAGGCAGUUUUUAAGGCAUAUUUUGUGGGAAAUCACAAACACCUUAAUUUGCUGCGUACUUUUCUAAUCAAGUAAUCCCAAAAGGGGAAAUUGUAAGAACAUUUGCCUACAUUAAUCCUAUUGUCAUGUGAAGAUGUUGUCGCUUCAUUCAGUUAUCGCCUUUAGACACCUUUAUUUUUGGUUCAUUGACACAAGUUAAAGUACAAUUGUUGGUUUAAUAUGAACUCAUUGUAAAUGCAUAUCAAGACAAAGUUGUGGAUGUCUCUAAACAGAGGGGUUGUGUAUUGUCAUCGAUAUUGUGUGUGUCUUUUCCUUUUCAUCUCUGUCAUGUUAGAAUAAUUUAUAAAGCAUGCUUCUUAUCAUGCUUAUAAGCUUCUUGAGGCCAGAAUUGCUGUGCAUAUCUUAAACUGCACUUACUCUCAAAUAUGAUAGUCAUUGGUGGUUAUUUUGAUUUUGGAAACGAGUAGUAGGCCUAUAUCAGUAGUACUGUAUUUACACUGUUUUACCAUAUUCUGUAAUCCUAAAUUCGUUGUCUAAAUUGCUAGCUCACCAUAUGUGUAUUCUGAAGACAUUGUACGGUUGUUUCCAAGUAAAUGUAAUACUAAGAAGACCAGAUUAAGGUUGACAUCAUUUCCUUAAAUCCAGUAUUCUGGUCAAGAUAACUUCCUGAGCAAUAUAAGGAAUUGUAUUAAUUGAUAUACAUAUCUGUUGUGGUUUUGCACAUUUAUUUGGCAAACAUACAGUGAGGGAAAUAAGUAUUUGAUCCCCUGCUGAUUUCGUAUGUUUGCCCACUGACAAAGACAUGAUCAGUCUAUAAUUUUAAUGGUAGGUUUAUUUGAACAGCGAGAGACAAAAUAACAACAAAAAAAUCCAGAAAAACGCCUGUCAAAAAUGUUAUAAAUUGAUUUGCAUUUUAAUGAGGGAAAUAAGUAUUUGACCCCUCUGCAAAACAUGACUUAGUACUUGGUGGCAAAACCCCUGUUGGCAAUCACAGAGGUCAGACGUUUCUUGUAGUUGGCUACGAGGUUUGCACACAUCUCAGGAGGGAUUUUGUUCCACUCCUCUUUGCAGAUCUUCUCCAAGUCAUUAAGGUUUCGAGGCUGACGUUUGGCAACUCGAAUCUUCAGCUCCCUCCACAUAUUUUCUAUGCGAUUAAGGUCUGGAGACUGGCUAGGCCACUCCAGGACCUUAAUGUGCUUCUUCUUGAGCCACUCCUUUGUUGCCUUGGCCGUGUGUUUUGGGUCAUUGUCAUGCUGGAAUACCCAUCCACAACACAUUUUCAAUGUCCUGGCUGAGGGAAGGAGGUUCUCACCCAAGAUUUGACGGUACAUGGCCCCGUCCAUCGUCCCUUUGAUGCGGUGAAGUUGUCCUGUCCCCUUAGCAGAAAAACACCCCCAAAGCAUAAUGUUUCCACCUCCAUGUUUGACGGUGGGGAUGGUGUUCUUGGGGUCAUAGGCAGCAUUCCUCCUCCUCCAAACACGGCGAGUUGAGUUGAUGCCAAAGAGCUCCAUUUUGGUCUCAUCUGACCACAACACUUUCACCCAGUUCUCCUCUGAAUCAUUCAGAUGUUCAUUGGCAAACUUCAGACGGGCCUGUAUAUGUGCUUUCUUUAGCAGGGGGACCUUGCGGGCGCUGCAGGAUUUCAGUCCUUCACGGCGUAGUGUGUUACCAAUUGUUUUCUUGGUGACUAUGGUCCCAGCUGCCUUGAGAUCAUUGACAAGAUCCUCCCGUGUAGUUCUGGGCUGAUUCCUCACCGUUCUCAUGAUCAUUGCAACUCCACGAGGUGAGAUCUUGCGUGGAGGCCCAGGCCGAGGGAGAUUGACAGUUAUUUUAUGUUUCUUCCAUUUGCGAAUAAUUGCACCAACUGUUGUCACCUUCUCACCAAGCUGCUUGGCGAUGGUCUUGUAGCCCAUUCCAGCCUUGUGUAGGUCUACAAUCUUGUCCCUGACAUCCUUGGAGAGCUCUUUGGUCUUGGCCAUGGUGGAGAGUUUGGAAUCUGAUUGAUUGAUUGCUUCUGUGGACAGGUGUCUUUUAUACAGGUAACAAGCUGAUAUUAGGAGCACUCCCGUUAAGAGUGUGCUCCUAAUCUCACCUGGGAGCCAGAAAUCUUUCUGAUUGAGAGGGGGUCAAAUACAUAUUUCCCUCAUUAAAAUGCAAAUCAAUUUGUAACAUUUUUGACAUGUGUUUUUCUGGAUUUUUUUGUUGUUAUUCUGUCUCUCACUGUUCAAAUAAACCUACCAUUAAAAUUAUAGACUGAUCAUUUCUUUGUCAGUGGGCAAACGUACAAAAUCAGCAGGGGAUCAAAUAUUUUUUUCCCUCACUGUACAUGAAAUGUAGUAUAUGAAUCUAAUGCAUGUUUGUUGUCAUUUCUGUCUCUUGUCUUUAGCCUGCAAUAACCAGGCUUGUUCUAUGUCAUUUCUCCUAUUCUAUCCAUUUAUCUUCCUUCCGUUUGCAUGUCUUUUUUUCAUUCAAAAUAAACCUUUAUUUCAAUCUCUGCAUGCGCACUGUAGUUAUGUUUCGUUGCAUGAGAGUUAAAUGGUGUGGGGUGAUUUUUACACUUACCUCUCUGUUUAGAACUAUUCACAACCUCGCCUAUUCUCUGUCCUUCCACCGAAGCGGAAAUACCAUAUUUUGUUUUGGCUCACCAAUCCAAUUUUGUUGUUGCUUUGUCACUAAUUUAUUUUUUUACAGUACGGGUGUAAUUGACAUAACUGAAUGAAAACAUUCCUCGGUGUUCCACAUGCGGUAACCUCUGCCGAGUCCCCAACAACCGGAUGUUCCGGUUUUCAGGGGAAAUGGAAAGAGCACCUGUGAAGCGACUUCCGCUUUUGGACGUUAACAAGGCGACACUCCAUCUUAACUCCUCCUCCACAUUUACUGGAUUGGUUGAACAGUGCAGAAGAGAACCUCCCCCGACAGUUUAUUUUCUUCUUGUCAAGACCAGUAUAUAGGGGAACUAGUUUUAGGCGCUUCUUUUACGCCUACUACGAUAGGUUACACAUGCGAUGACAGCUGCCAUUUGUCAAGUUAUGACAGCCUCUGAAGAUUUUGCAAUAAACUUGAUUGAUUUUCCCCCUCAUGAAACCAAAAGGAGGCUGUUGUCAGGCCUGGUUCCGUAUUCAUCAUGUGUCUUAGAGUAGGAGUGCUCUUUUAGAAUCAGUUUUCCCUUUAAAUCAUAAUGAAUGAGAUUACAUGGACAGGGCGGGGGGGUAUAUGGGACUCUGACCCUAGGUCGACACUCCUACGCUAAGACGCUUUAUGAAUAUGGACCCUGAUCUUUUAACUCUGUAGAUUAAACUAAGAACACUGAGGAAAUUAAAAGUAUAAAGUCAGGAUCAAAGAACAAUGAAGAACAGUGAAUCAACUGAAAUAAGCCAGUUUUUUAGGGCUUCAAAGGAGGUCAAGGAUGGAUGUUUUUGUUUUCAGUCUCUUUUUCUAUCCUCCCAUUCAGCCUGGCUAGGGAGCUCAAUCAAGACCAUUUCCUUCUGACAUCAAAGGAGAUGUACUGUAGCCUACAGUACAGUAGGAAUUAGAGAUAAGAAAAUGCAACCCCUUUAUGAGAUUAUAUUCUAGGAUGUCAUUGUCCAUGCUUAUUAAGAGUUUAAACUACACUGAAUCAUUGCUUAAAAUGUUAAAGGUAGCUCACAGCAACUUCAGGCACUCAACUGAAAGUAAAAAAAGUGGUUUGGUUUCCUAAAAACAUUGUUUAAAUGAGAGUUUCCCAACCUAGGGGGCAUCCCCCAUAUGGUGUAUGUGUAUGCAUCUUGAUUUUAUAUAUAUAUGCAAUUGUUUAUACCGUACUAAAAUGAUGGAUAAGUAUACAAUGCUUUAGGCUAAAAACAAGCAGUAAAAUUGAGGAAGACUCAACUCUGCACAUGGGAGUCAAAGAAGUUGGACUUUGCUUGGGAAGUGACUCUGUCGCUAUCAAUUGAUCUACUCACUUUCUCUAAAAGAGUAUGUAUAAUUAAAUUAAGUGUUCAUAUAAAUUAUCAUAAAACAUAUUUGGUAGUGGAAUAACAUUUGGGGAAAUCAGCUCUAGACUUUAUUUUCUUCAUCUUCGUACCUAAAAUAUGUAAUUAAACUUGUUAAACUACGUAGAAUUGCAUGAAAUGAGCUUCAAAACAUUUUCUUAGGUCCCUUGAAUGAAACAAAAUAAAACUGGUGUUGUAUUUAAUAUAUGGGGAAAGAAGGGAGCCCUGGGGGAAAAAAGUUUGGGAACCCCUGGUUUAGAUCACACCUGACAGAAUAUAGCUUGUAUUUCGAAGUCAACAUCUCAAUAGUCAGUUAAGGUUUAUAGGGUGCUGAGGGAGAGAGGUUGACGUUUUAGCUUAGUCUCAGCCAUGCGGAUGACAAGAACACUUGUCCUUUUUCUCCUGGCUGUGUUUCUUUAGGAAGAAGGGAUGCUGAUUAAUGAGUUGGCUGUGUCUGAUCAGCUCUGGGUAAGACCAGUGUGUUAGUGGGGAACCUAACACAUACCCUGGUGUGUUGGUGGUGUUUUAUACACAGUAGUAUUGAUGCUUGAGGGGUCAAGGCACUAAUGACAGUGGUGUGGUCUGCGUAGGGUUGCAAAAUUCCGUUAACUUUCCCAUGUUUUCCAGAAAUCCUGGUUGGAGGAUUCCUGGAUUUCCUGCUUAUUCCCACCUGAUUCUGGGAAUCUUCCAACUUGGGUUUCUUGAAAAACCUGGGAAUUUUGGGAAAGUGUCCAGAAAUGUGCAACCCUAUCAGUGUUUUAAUUUAUUACCAUGGUGAUGGUGUGUUGUCAUGUUUACACUGUGUGUUACCUGCUCUAAUUCAGUCCUACUGCUUAUCAGAUGUCAUUACUGUGGUUGUUGCUGUAGCUUCGUCUCAAGGCUUUUUGUGUAAAGUGGUGAUGGCAUGGGUUGCAUCCCACCUAUUCCCUAUAAAGUGCUUUGUGUAGUCCCGUGUAGCUCAGUUGGUAGAGCAUGGCGCUUGCAAUGCCAGGGUUGUGGGUUCGAUUCCCACGGGAGUCCGGUAUGAAAAAAAAUAUGUAUGCACUCACUAACUGUAAGUCGCUCUGGAUAAGAGCGUCUGCUAAAUGACUAAAAUGUAACAGGGUGCCAGUUGUGCGGCAGCCUUGGUUUCAGGUGUGACGCUGAAACCAAUUCACCAGGUCGUAGUCCCUGUCUAUACAGCCAUUUAAAUCCAGACUCAUAAACUGCAUGACAUUGAUUGUGUUGGAUGAAGGUGUGCAUGUGCGUGCAGGCUGACAACAAUCCACAUUUACAAACCACUGUCAAAGUACAGUUGCAUAUGCAGCUCUAUAAAAUAUUGGGUUGGAGGUAUCCCGGUUUUUCCAUCUACUGUUUAUUCCCCUCUGUCAUUGAUUCUGUCUGUCUGUCCGUUUGACCUGUCUGUGUCUUCCAUGGCCCUCCCUCCGUAGGAGCCCGUCUUUACCACCACUUCCUCUCCUCCUGAUCUCCCUGACAAUGAUAUUAAUCAGUGUCUUGAUCAGAACAGCCAGGUGAGAUCAUGCAUCCAGUUUGAUAGCCUGCAUACUAUAGCCAGCCUGCAUAGCCUACCUACCUGCCUUAUGGGCUGCUUUUAAAGCCUCCAUGCUUUAUACAGUUAGUGUUAUUGAGUAAUAAUGUGCUUAGUAUCUACACCAAAGAUCAUGCAUGUCUCUGUAGGCUUUGCAUGGUAAGCUCAUCUACUAUAUGGAUGCAUAUUAUUCACUAUAUCUGUUACUGUAUACUCUCCCAAAAAAAGCCCAGGCCUGUUUUCUGCUGUGAGCUCUUGUGUUAAAUCUGCUACCCUGCAGUUCUAGAAGGUCUCUAUAGUUGUCCUUACUCCUAAAAUGCUAGCCAUAUGUCUGGAGGCAUUGUAAUGAUGUUGCUCUGCUGCUGCUCUCCCUGUCCUACCGUCACAGCACAAUUCUGAGGCAACUUUUUUUCAGGGCCUAUUAAAAACAUGCCUUCUCUCCCCAAGCCUAGUUAUGUCAAUGAAGAGCAUGGUUAUUUAUAAGCUAUUUUAAACUGGGUGGUUCAAGCCCUGAAUGCUGAUUGGCUGACAGCUGUGGUAUAUCAGACCGUAUACCCCGGGUAUGACAAAACAUUUAUUUUUACUGCUCUAAUUAAGUUGGUACCAGUUUAUAAUAGCAGUAAGGCACCUCGGGGGUUUGUGGUAUAUGGCCAAUAUACCACGGCUAAAGACUGUAUCCAGGCACUCCACGUUGCGUCGUGCUUAAGAACAUCCCUUAGCAGUGGUAUAUUGGCCAUUUACCACACCGCCUCGUGCCUUAUUGCUUAACUAUAGAUUUGACGCUCAGUGCUUCAAGAGCUUUGGUUCUAUGCAUCUGUAGCUUUAACGGUACAUAGCUUUGUCGCGUGAUAGGUGUGACGCUACAUAGCUUUGACGCUCUAUGGUGUUGGUGAGAUUGGGCUCCCGAGUGGCGCAGCGUUCUAAGGCACUGCAUCUCAGUGCCUCAGUGCCGUCACAACAGACCCCCUGGUUCGAUUCCAGGCUGUAUCACAACCGGCCGUGAUUGGGAGUCACAUAGGGCGGUGCACAAUUGGCCCAGCGUCGUCCGGGUUUGGCCGGUGUAGGCCGUCAUUGUAAAUAAGAAUUUGUUCUUAACUGACUUGCCUAGUUAAAUAAAGGUAAAACAAAGAUUAAAUGUCACACCUUCUGGCUAGGCUUCCACCUAGGCUGCAUCCUCUCCUCUCGGUCCUUCACUCUUUCCUCUCAUUUCACCCUCUCUUCUUUCCUUCCUCUGCCCUUCCUUUCCUCCACCCAUUACCCAUCUUCCCGGUCAUGUGAAGGCUACCAGUCCCCCUAUGUCCAGAGUCAACAGCCCCCACUUGUCUGGAAACUUCAGCCCCCCCUUGUCCAGAGUGACCAGUGCCUCCCUGGUUAGGGAUGAGAGGCACCCGUGGAGAAGGAAGGUGAACCCUUCACCCACUCCAAUAGUCCAACAGUCACUCACUCACAGAUAUAUAGGCCUACUGUCACACAUAUAGGCCUACUGCAGCGCUACUCAUAGGCUUACAGUGCAGCUUUGAUGUUGGCUACAGAAUUCGAGUGUGUCUGUGUGUGUACUCAUGGGAAUUAACUUGUUGUGGAUGUUUAUAUUUGUGUGGUUGCUUUCGUUUUGUGCUCGUCCUGACAUGGUCAUCCAACUCCCACACUCUGCUUCAUUCUGUCAUGUGAUUGGGUUCUCUUUCAUUCAAUGAACUGUAAACAAAUAUUUUGCAUUCAUUUCAUCCCAUACACUAUACAUUUUUUCACUUCUCUUUGUCAAACCAGUCAAUUCAUAUGAUAUUGAAGGCACUUUUGUUAAGGGUAGUCUGUAGAUAUGCUAGAGUAGACACAAGGCAUUUUUGUUAUGGGGAGAUCUAUGGGUAUGCCGGGUAUUAUUGAUGUUGUUCAGUGGUGUGCUACAUUAAGUGAAAGGUGAUUAUAGUUAGUACCACACCACAACCGCACAGACAUUUCCAUCUUCAAAGUUCUGAAAGUUUCACCUCACUGAAUACACCUUGGGGGUGUGUCCCAAAUGGCAUCCUAUUCCAUAUGUAGUGUACUGCUGUUGACCAGGGUCCAUCAAAAAUAGUGCACUAUAGGUAAUAGGCUGCCAUUUAGGACACAGACAAUGUUUCAUAUCACUGAAUACACCCCGGGUCUCCCUAUCCCCAUCUCUGUGUUCUCCUAGCAGAGGAUGGGAGGAGGUGAGGAGACUACGGAAAACCAGAGCCAGCGUAUAGAGAUGUCCAUCCAUGAGAGGAAGCAGUUGAUCGUGGCCCGAGAGGAGGCCUGGAAGUCCAAGGGCCACGGGGCAGCUAACGACUCCACACAGUUCACUGUGGCCGCACGCAUGAUCAAGAAAGGUCAGGGAUCAUCUAAUGCACACACGCAUGCACGGGCACACAUGCGCAAAAACACACAUUUUUACACACGCAUCCGAGCUCACACAGAGCCAGGUUUUGUGUCAGUCAGUGAAUAAGUGGUCUUCAGUUUUAAUUCACAAUUCAUUUACACUCAUUCCAUAUAAUCCUGCAGUUCGUUUAGGCAGCCAGUGAAUAUAAUUCUCCCUCCAGCCUUCCCAGACCCUCCCAGCUCCCAUAGAGUAGCAGCAGUCACCGUGUGUAUUUCACUCGGGCAGAAAAUUAUAUAAUUGGUCUCCUAUUAUCCAAUUAGCUGUAGUACAGAGGGUCUUGGCGGUUCCUGGUUCAGUCAGGUUUACUGCUGAGUGAGAUUAAGGGUGACAUGGUAGAUUACUGUCAGAAAUGGAGAGGGGGGGUAGAACACAAACACUGACUGACAGACAGUUACUGUUACAGUACUACUGUUGCUGCUGGGUGGGUGGCUAGCCUAUCGCUACAGUAGCUCAAACACAAUAUAUAUCAGUCUGUAAAAUAGAAGGAGCUGCAGCAUGACUUACAUUACAGUAGUUCAUUAACGUUAUGCCCUAACUUCUCAAUUCUCUUCUGUUGUUCCAUGUAGUGGAACAUCCAAUUAUAUUGUUAAUAUCUGUCCAUCUGUGUGUGUUUCAGGUCUGGUUUCUCCUUCUGCUCUCUUCAACCCUGUAACGUCUCUCUCUGCCAAACCCAAGAACACCACUCCUGCCAUCUCCAAGCCCCUGGAAGGUCAGUAGCCCAAUUCAGUUUUUCCCCUUUCUCCCUCACCCUCAUCGAUUCAAAAGCAUUGGACAGAUUGUCUACCAUGUUUAUUGCACCAAUCCAAAGCUUUUAAACUUUUGAGGGGAUUGAACGAGUUCACAUUUCUGUGAGAAAGGGAAAAAUCAUAAUUGAACCAGAACCUCUCUCUCCUCUCUGGUCUAUGAGUCACCUUAAAGGGAAACUCCACCCAAAAACAAUCUUUCAAAAUACAGAAAUCAUCUCCGUAUGAUGUAUUUUGCAUCAUAUGAUACAAAACGCAGCAUCAUAUGAUGCAAAAUGCAUCAUACGGGGAUGAUUUCUUUAUUUUGAAAGUUACAUAUCUUGAAAACUUGAUUGCUGACAAGCAAAACAGUUUGGGACUAUGUCAACAAUGAACUAUUGAAACAAAUACCAAAAUAUCGUUUUUGGGUGGAAUUGUCCUUUAAUAUUAUUUACAGUAAAUGGUUUUGACCAGGGGUUCAGGGAACAGAACCGAAAAAGAACAAAACAAUUGUUAGGAAACAGAACCUGGAACGAAAGUGAUCUCUAGUGUUCCAGAACAUAACUGUGAAUUUUAAGAUCUUGAGAACCGGUUAAUGUAAUUUUUUUGUUCCAAAAAGAUGCCUAAUGUCUCGUAUAUAAUUCUGUAAAGUUAUAAUGCUAGUAAUAGCCUAAACACAUUCCAGUUUACAUCAUGUCAUGAUGUCCAAGCCGAGCACCCUCCAUGUCCACCCCUCUCUCAUUUUACAUUUUAGUCAUUUAGCAUACGCUCCUAACCAGAGCAACUUACAAGAGCAAUUUGAGUUAAGUGCCUUGCUCAAGGGCACAUUGACAUAUUUUUCACCUAGUUAGCUCUGGGAUUCGAACCAGCGACCUUCCGGUUACUGGCCCAACGCUCUUAACCGGCUUCCUGCCGUCGCUCUCUCCUCACCGGUGAAAUUUGCGCCUGCAUUUAUCUGACCAAUCAAACAUGUAAAUAACUACCUUAUGCGUUCCAUAGCAAGCUUCUCUAUCCAUGCUAAUGGAUCAAGUAUAUUAAUUAGCUAUUUUGCAAAAGCUUUUUUUUUUUUUUUUUUUGUUUCAGAGCUUUAUUUUCUGGUCGGAACACUGGAACAGAGUGAAAGAAAUAGGGGUUCUGUUCAGAAUGAUUGGAAAAUCAUUUGAGUUCCAACCCGUGGUUGUGACUGCAUUAUGUUGUUUGGGGUAAACGGUUGGGACUGGGUUAUGUCCUUUACUGUCAUUAGAUACAUGCCGACCUAAAUGUAAACACACCAUCAGAGACUACUGAGUAGUUCUUGUGAAUAAUGUUAUGUUACUCAUCUUCAUCAUAAAAUGUGUGUAUCAAUAGUCAUUCAAUAUAAAAUACACUAGUACUGAUAUGCCCAUGUCAAGAAUCACCUCAACGUAAUCCAAUCACUGCGAAGCUAUUGUAGCCUCUGUGCUGUUUGACUCACGACCAAACUACAGUGCAAUACUUAUUUUGCCAAUGUUGACAUCUGGUUAUAAUCAAUCGUCUUUGUUUUUAUUCUAUAAGAAAUUGAGGAUUUAUCUGAUACUGAAGGUGUUUUAAAAUUCCUUUUGCUGUUGUAUUGUGUGCAUCAUAUUGCCUGCAAUUGUCAUGUGUAAUCACUGUGACAUUAAUCAUUGGUGUGGUCAUUGUUAUUCUAUCUGGUAACCAAUAUCUGAUAGAAUAUGAACCCCGGGAUAGUGUUUGGUUGCCCUCACAAACUGAAACGCUGUGUUGAUGCAUGAGACAGAUGUCACCUUCAUUGCUAUUGUGAUUUACAUUUUUUAUGAAUGGAUGUCUUCAGAUUUAAUUUAAAGUGAGUCCCAAAUGGCACCCUAUUCCCACGCUGACUAAGUGUAGAUGUCAGUCUCUCUCCAUUCAUAGAGUAACUCCUGUAUGUUCCUUUGCAGAGAUCGAGGCCAAACCGGACAUGAACCUGGAGUCAGACAGGAAACUGGAUAAGCUGGAGUCGUUCCUGGGCAGGUUGAACAGUAAAGGUGAGUGUCUUGUUCUAGUAUACUGUCUCCGUCUUUCCCAAUUCGCUCCCAACCCAUCCUCCUUGGCACUAACCCUGUGAUGUUUGCAGAUCUGUAAGGUGGAAGGAAUAGGGUGGAAGCUCCAACACCACACUGCUUAUACCUAUCCAGACCCCACAGAUCUGCAAACAUUGAACAUUUAAAGCCAAGGGGGAGGGGUUGGGAGCGAAUUAGGACCGACGGUCUCUGUCUAUUGUGGCCUUAGUGACUGGGUUAUGUCUAGGGUUGCAAAGCUACAGGUAAUUUACUAAAGUUACCGGAAUCUUCGGUAAAAACGCCAUCGGAGACUACUGAGGACGCCUUGAGGAUAAUGUUAUGUUACUCAUCUUGUCUUCCAUGCUUCUCCCCCGUCAGUGGGCGGCCUGCAGGAAUCCACCAUCACAGUGACGGAGAAGACGGUCAAAGAAGUCAUGAAUCUGGAUGAUGAGAUGUUCGAGAAGUUCUACCGCCACGUGGCCGAGAUGCCCCUCAACAUGAACAGCAAGGUGGACAUCAAUGACGACUUUGACGACAUCUUCGGUGGUACCCAGAUACCCAAGUAAGCAUGUGUGCACACACGCGCACACAUACACUCACACACACGAAUAUACAGAGCAGAGGUCAGGGGUGAUUCAACACUGUAAAAACCCGGCACCUGCUUCCUGUUGACCCCUAACUUCUGACCUAGGCUGACCUCAGCCAUGGUGGAGCACAAGCGGUCGGUGCGUCCAGUGCGCAACGUCCAGUCAUCCAGGAACCCUCUUAAGAUGCUGGCGGCCAGAGAGGACAUCAGACACGAGUACACAGAGCAGAGACUCAACAUCGGCCUGCUGGAGAGCAAGAGGAUGAAGCAAGAGAAGAGUGAGUACACGGGAGGGAGGGAGGGAGGACUUGAGAGAGGGAGUACAUAGAGCAGAGACUCAACAUAGUCCUGAUGUAGAGCAAGAGGAUAAAGGCUGAGAAGGAUUAGGGUUAGUCCACAAUAUGUUUUUGCCAUAUUGCUUAACUUAUACCUAUCCAAUCCCUUCAGAUCUACAAAAGUGCUAGGGGUAGGGGCUAUGGUUUGGGGGAGUUUAGAUAACUAGGAAUAUGGGGAAAAUAAGCUUUAGAUCUGAUUGUGCUUGUAUUCAGUUGUAAAUGCAUUGUCAGUCUAUGCAGAGGUGGAUGGUGUGUGCUGUGGUUGAGACACACAUAUUAACAGAACCACAACAGCACUAUGAGGAAAUCUUCUCCAACACUUCCCACGACAGCAAACUUUCCAGAGCACACUUUCAAUCAUAUAUUAAUAACUCCCUUCCUCCCUAUACUACAAUACCUGAACUGAUUCAUAUAAGACAUGGGCCCUGGUUAAAAGGAGUGUACUACAUAUGGGAAUUACCACUUUAUAGGGAAUUAGUGUGCCAUUAUGGACGCAACCUUGCCUUAAUUUCCUGGUAUUGUGCAGAGCAAUCCUUCAAAUAUUCACUGUUGUUUUUCUACCAUUAUGGGUUGGGUAACGUGCAGUGGGCUGUGUUGCGAAACACUCUUCAUGAUAAUUAACGUAGCAGGAGACUGAGGUUAAAGUUAGGAAAAGGGUUAGGGUUUUGUGAAAAUUCUCUCCUAACCUGCUAAGAAAAUCACUUCCGUUCGUAGCUGUAUCGAAGUCGCAUAAAAAGUGUGUCCCGGGCUGUGUAAAGCUACAAACUAAAAGGCGUGUUACUCACUCUAACUUCCUCUUCCCAUCUCUUAGUGUUAUAAAAAUACUUCAUGAGACUGGGGGCCCUGAAGGGUUCUGGGUAGGGUUGAAAAAUAAUAAAUAAAUUACCUGUUUUUCCAGAAAACUUGGUUGAUUCUGGGGUUUUUCUAAUAUCAAUUUCAAUGUUGAGAGUAUUUUAUUGCCUUUAAUCACAUUACAUUUUAUCUGUAUGACUUGUGUGUACAGUAUGUCUGUGUGUAAUGUACAGUAUGUGUUUUGUGUCUGUGUAUAUUGUAUAUCUAUACAUGUCCUUCUACCCCCUGCUCUGUCUCUGUCUCUGUGUUCCAGGGAAUAAGAACUCUGGUUUGUCCGAAGUGGCUCAGUGUGUUUGUAAUGUCAACUGUACUGUGUAUAUUGCAUAGAGAUCCUAUUAAAUUAAAGUUCCAGAACCAGUCUAAUUGGAAUGAAUUGCAGUAGAGGCAUAGACCUGUGAUGCAUUUCCUGCUUUUACUUAUACAGGAAAAUAAAAGUAAAGCAUGUGAUAUAUCAGAAAUUGUGUAAUAAAAUUGUUAACCUAAAAUAUUGUCAUAUAAUUAUAAAUACCGUUUUUACGGGUUGUAUACCAAUUUUCAGUAUAAACGGCCUCUAAAAUAUAUGUAAACAGGCCAUAAAUGUCUCAAUUCUUGUUGUCUUGGAAAGCUGUGUGUUGUUACGAUACAAUAUCAGUACUUAUUGCGUUUACAACUUGUCUAAAUCCUAUCGUCAACUGAUUUCAGCCAGUGUAUGGCUGUGGAUUGACUGUAUUGUUUGAAUGAAAUGUUGUCAUAUUGGCAGUUAAUUUGAAAACAGUUUUAGUGGAAUGAUUCCAUUGUCUAGCUAGCUAACAAACAUACAGUGCAGAUAAUCUUAAAAUUCAUUGUUUUACACUAUCUUGCACAGGCAAACCAUGGUUGACCAACUCCCAUACCAUAAUUGCUGACCUUUUAUAGAUGCGGUAAAGAGGUAAAUCGAAAUCAACCAAAACAGUGGAAUUUCCAUGGAAACACGUGGGGGAAAGAUCCCGAGUCUCCUCAUUGCCCCCCAGAAAAAGGCUAUUGUUUAUAUGUGUAUUUCACACUGUUUUGAGGUAAGAAUCUGCGUAUGAUGCUUGUAUGGAUGUCAACCCCAACACAUGUUCAUGUCAUCGUUACAAAUCAACUGCAUUACAGUUAAAAACGACUGACAACCAACAACGAUUUCUGUAUGCUAGCUAUGCUAACCAGCUUAUAGGAACGGGAGUUAGCAUUUAGCAGUCACUUCUUCUAAACCUGAAAAGUGACAAUUUCUACAUAUUAUGCAGCGAAAACAGCCAAAUAUAUCCAAAUUGGAGUUAAGUAAGCACAAUGUGGGCCUGUUACAAUACAUAAAUCAUGACUGAUUUGACUAAUCUCCACUGGUCAAUGGAACAUCUGCGUUCUAUUGACUCCUUUACCGCAUCUAUACCAUCAUAAGAAGGUUCAUGUCCAUUCUAGUAUUCUAAUUCCUAAUUAUAUGGUAUAUUGUAUAUCUUUAUAACUCCUCUAACCUAUGGCUCCAUCUCUGUGUUCCAGUGAAUAAAAAUAGUGGAUUCUCUGAGGUGGCUCUGGCGGGGCUGGCCAGUAAGGAGAACUUCAGCAGUGUCAACCUGCGUAGUGUCAACAUCUCCGACCAGAUGUCCAACAACAGCGCUGUGCCCUACAAGAAACUCAUGCUCAUGCAGGUCAAAGGUGAGAUGGACAGAUGUACCUUUGGGGGGUUGAGCGUUCAAGAGAUCAAG